GUUUAGUGUUUAGUGUUAUUAAUUUUCUCGAACUUGUAUCUCUUUAGUUGUUUGUUUAUUUGGAUUGUCGAAUAUUUUAAUCAAUUUCAACUUUUAAGUGAAGUUAAAGUUUCGUGUAUUUGUGUAUGUGUUUGUAAAAUAAAAUGAUACCAGAACUUGGUGUUUUAAUUUCAAAUAUUGCGAUCAAAUCUUUUAACCAUUGACAAUUUUUGGCGCUUUGUUAAAGAUAAAAUAUAUUAUCUAUCAUUAUUUAAAAAAUGCCAGCAGCUGAAAAUGGUUCGUUGCACGUAGAAAACGAUCUAGAUCGGGCACCAAUCAUUAAUGGCAUGGAAACUCUACCAAAAACCAAACAGGUAAUUUUGCUAUUUUAUAAAUUAUAUAAUUAUGAAAAUGAUCCCUAAUUUAAAAUUUUCAAUAGACCCUUAUUACUUUUGAUGUUUAUUUUCUACGUUUUAUAGUAAUAAAAUGACUCAGGUAAAGAUAAUAUUAAUUGAAUUGUACAGAGAUUUUUAAGAAAACUAUGCCUACCCAAAUUACUUUUAGGCAAGUACCUACUUAAUAUUUUUCAUGUGUAAAAAUUAAAUUAUAGUAAAGAUUUUGGAUUUUAAGGAGAAUUUGUUCGAUUUAUUUGGUGAUAUUAUAAAUAGGUAGUUAACUAGUGUAGGUACUUGGGUUAUGAAGGCAUCUAAUUUUUUACUUGGGUUUACCAGGUGAUCCAUUUAAGUGGGGUACAAAAAAAACUUUUUCGGAAUUUGUUUUCUAGAACAUUUAAGAAAUAAGCUAUUCUACAAUUUUAUAUUUAUAUUAUUUUUCACGUCACACAAAUUAUAUUAUAUAAGUAUACUGAUAUAUUAUAUACUCCAAUCAAAACUUAAAAGUGUAAUAUCUCGUUAACGAAUUGAUGUAAAUUAAAAAUUUAACACAACAAUUUAUUUUAACUAAUACUUCAUCUAUUUAUAGACUUUUUAAUAUAUUUAAAAAUCAAAAGUAGGUAGUGGUUUUACUCCCAAAAAUAAGGGGGUAAAAAAAAACAUAAAUAUAAAAUUGUAGAACAGCUUGUUUCUUAGAUGUUCUAGAAAACAAAUUCUGAAAAAAGUUUAUACUUUCCGAGAUAAUGAGUGUUCCUACUUAAAUGAAUCACCUGCUACUUACUGGCUAUAAAUAUUUUGUUCACUUAAAUUUAUUGUUAAUUGUCAUGUAUGAAAAUCUUAAAAAAGAUUGAUAUAUGAGUUCAUGUUUGUAUAAUAACAUUAAACCAGUUUUAGACCAAUACAUAUUUAUUUGUAUAAUAUCAUCAUGUAAACAUAGAAAUAGUCAUAUGAUUGAUAUAACCUAAGUAGUACUUAUUUUGUUAAAAAUAAUUGAUUUAAAUAUUACUUACAUCUGGAUAUUUAUGAAGUUGAAUUUAUCUCUUCUAAUGACUCUUUGACUUUCUCCUACGUAAGAGAGGUCAGCUAUAUUUAUCUUUGUUCUUCUUGCAUUCUAUAGGUAUCCAUCUCCAUUUUCUCAUAUAUUCCACACGUCCUCAUAUCCCCUAAUAACCUCUAGCCACUUUUACUUUGGCCUACCAUUUCCUUGGCUUCAAUCUACACUCUUCUAUCUUCUUUUCUAUUUCAUUGCUUCUCUUUCUCUCAAAAUACCCACACCAUCCUAAUCUAUUCUCUCUCAUUUUUCCUAUUAUAGCUUUUGCUUCUAAACUACCUUUUAUUUAUUUAUUCCUAAUACCGUCCAACAUAGUUAUACCACACAUCCACUUUAACAUUCUCAUUCCUGCUACUUCUAUAUUUAUUUCAUCUCUUAUGGAAUGCCUAACAUGUACAUCAUUGCUGGCUGCAUGUAACUGUAUACAAUUUCCCGUUUAUUCUGUUAUCCUUUUAUGGCACCUUAUUAUCACACAACACUUCAGCCGCUUACUUUCAUUUCAUUCAACUAUUGGGAGUCUCAAAUUAUUACAUCCUGUUUUCAGUGUUCAUACUUACUUUUAUCUCACUGUAAAAUCGUCUGUUUCUUUGCUACAAAUGGCCCACAUGUAUAAAUUAUUGAUUUUUAGUUACCUAUGUUCGCUUUAAAACAAUAUAUUUUCUAUGUUGGUUGGUAGGUAUGUUAAAUACAAAUAUUUUUUGUUCUGUAAUUAUAGAAACCCUUAAAAAGCAUCAUGUCUCCUUAUGACAUAGUUUAAACUUUAAACUGUUUAAAAUAUAAUUUUGUAUUGAUAUUAUAAAAAAUUGACUGUAAAUUAUUCAAAUUUCAUUAAAACAAUAAUUUUUAGGAAAAUAAAAAAGUAAUAUUAAUAUUUAUAUAUACUUAUAUAGGUGUUAUGAGAUAUUGUAUGAUACAUCUUGAGCCAUGACACGAUUUAUUUUCAAAUAUUACCUAGAAUACGUUUUAUAUUUUUAUAUUAUAAUUUUCGUUUUAUUGGUAGGUAUAUGGAACUAGUAACAACAUUAAAAAAAAAAAAUAUUGUAUUCGCAUGGGUUCAUUCAUUCCAAAAACUACUUCCACUUCGGAAGUUAGUUUCACUAACCAAAACUGUUCAGGUCAAUAUGGUAACAAUGGAAUGGUUUUUAUUGCAAGGACGAAUGUUUUUGGUUAUUCUAUCAUUUUCACUGGACCAUGACACAAUAAUCAUCAAUCAGGUAGUUCAUGUUCUUUUGGGUGGACUGAUGUUUUCAAAUUAUUUUUGGCGUAUUUCAAACUAUAAAUAGGUAAAACAUUAUUUUUUAGGCGAAUAUACAAUUUUUUUUUCAAUUUGGUAUUACACCGCAAUCAAAAACAUUCUCGUUGGUAGGUAUUAAGUACUACAAGUUUGGUACCCUCGCUUUAUUUUUAGUGAUUUCAUUUAUUUACUGUUCGGAUUUUACAGUUGUACAUUGCAGUGUACCUUAUGCAAUAAUAAUGAGCACUAGUCACCACCAGCCAUUACGAUUCCCCUUGGUUGAUGCUAGAACAUUGACCUUGUACCUACAUUAUUUUAGGUUGUCUAUUAAAGUUUCAGUUAGUUCAUGUCGUUUUGCGUUAUGUAGACUAUUCUUUAUUCAAAUAUUUUGGUAAGAAUUAUAUAAUAAUAUUAUAAAUAUUUAUCUAUUAUUUUAUUAAUACAAUUUCAGUUGUUAAUAUCUAACAUUUAAUUAAUGUAGGUAGGCAGGGCGUAACUGGAAAAUAAUUUCCGAUGGGAUAGGGCGUUGUAAACUAAAAACUGUGUGGUUAUAAUUUUAUUGAUUGAAAUUAUUAUUUUAUCCGCACCAUAUUUAAUACUACUCGAACAAAUUCUAAGGGAUGGGGAUGAAAUUUUCAAAAAUCCCCCACGGAUACGGUCUUGUAGGUACCUCUCAAAAUAUACGAGUAUUGGUAAUAAAAUACUUGUAUUGUAGUGGUGUACCUACUAUUAUAGCAUAACUUAUUAUUAUAGUAAUAUUUUGAAUAUGAAAUAAAACCUACUAAUUAUGAAAAUGAACGAAAUAGUUUCUUCAAAUUUUAUUGUUAUACCGUUUUACAAAUAAUAUUAUUUAGCGGCUUUGGAUCGGGUCGGUUGAUCUCAUAUUAAUGCAAAACAUAAUUAGGUAUGUCGGCGAAAGUGGACGAUUUUCGAAAAUCUCGAUUAGUUUCAGAUACUGCGAUACCUACGCUUAUAAAAUACCAAUACGACGAACCUAGACAUUUUCAAUUUUGUAUUCCGGUCUCCGGACGAACUUAGCCGUUCCGGGAAUAAAUUCAAUGAAACAAACCCAACCGACUUCGAAAAACCGGUUAUAGCGUAGACCAUCGCUACUAAACUAACGUUAGUCGCACAUUUGCGCAACAAUACUGUAAUUGUAUUGCAGAGUAUACUACAUGUCUACAUUAACUGUUCACAAAUAAUUUAACCUUCCUCGUGUGCUAUAGGUUUACGGUGUACGUGCACUUAAUAAUAUUAUUAUAGCAAGUGUUAGCAUUUUUUUUUUUGAACUGUUCAUGGAAUCAUGGAAUUUAUUCUUAUACCCGCUUGUUAUAAUUGUUCCGAAUAAUCAUAAACAAUACCUAUCAAUAAUAAUAUAAAAUAAACUUAUUACGUAUUAUUAUUAUUCGUGUGCCCGUGUUCAAUUAAACAGCUGAGUGGAUAAAGGACAAUAUUCUAAAAAUACGAAAAAUAAACUGAGGUAGCCAUUAAGGGCUUUUUUAUAUAAAAAAAAAAAAAACAAAACUAUCGAUUAUUAUGAUCUCAUAUUUUAGGAGGUUAAAAGUGUUAUGAUGUACUAGUUAAUGUAUGUUGUACAGACAAGUUUUUUUAUUCAACUGCAGCUUGAGGAAAUAAACAUUUUUUUUUUUAAUUUUCCGAUAGUUAGGUAUUCAGUAAUAUUAUCCUUUUUCACUGAUAGAUUCAAUUAAAUAUAGUACAUAGUAAAUAACUUUCUGAACCGCCAUAUAAUAUACCGAUAAUCAAUGGCACAAUUUAAUAAUUUCGGAGAUACCCAAGGAACUUUUAUUAUUAUUUUUUUUUUUUUUGAGAAAAUUAAAUUCUUAAAACCAAUAAUGAUUAAAUUUAUUUUUAUGAAAAACAAAUAUUUAACAAAUCAAUUAAUAAAAACAUAUCUGAAAUUAUAACAAAUGGAGGCAUAACCGAAUACCGUUUUAUUGUAAUUAUUCAUAUACAAUCGAACGAUGAUUUCCACUUAUCGUAUUAUCUAUAAUUUCAUUUUAAAUGUUAAAUUGUAGUAAUGGUUUUACAAUAUUAAAUUUUUGUUUUUUUAUUCUGUGAACAACUUUAACACUAGAAAUCUUGCUCAGAUGUAUCAAGUAUAGAACCUUUGCUGCAAGAAAAUGUUUUCUAGUUGGUUUUUUAGAAAGGUUAUUUUUUAAUUUUCUAACGGUUUUCAUAAUAAUUGGGAAAAUUUAUGUGCGUGUAUAAAAGAAACUUCUUUCUUUCCGAAUUUUUUUUUGUGAGCAAUGGUUUAUCGUUGUAUAAAAAUAUAAAUUGAAUUUCUCUCUAUAUCCCCUACUUUCCCAACUUUUUACCUGCAACAGUGGCCCAUUUAUCGUACGAAGUAUGUCCGUCUUUUUAAAGCACUUACUGUGAAUUUGUAUUAUUGACCAAAUGAAAGGUAUAAUGAUGUAGGUUUAAUAGGCAAUAUUAUCGAUUAUGAUAUUAUGUAUUUGAAUAGAAUAUCGCUAAAUGCUAUAAGAUAACAAAUUAUAAAAAAAAAUCGAUGCUUCUUUGUUAUCGCUCCGCCAGUAUGCCGUAAAAAAAUUGUCGACCCGCCACUCUUGUUUGUUAUCGCCCCGCCAAACAAUACGAAAAAUAAAAGUAUACACAAUUAAAUUGUAUAUUAUUGUGAAAAAAAUUAAAUUGUUUUUAAACAUGUAAAAUUGUAAACAAAAUAUUAUUAUUAAAUUAAUUAAAUUGUAUAUUAUGAUACCAAAAAUGAUGUCCUAUGAUAUAGUAAAAAUUAUUUUAAAUUAGGACGGAGGCCAGUACUCAAAAAUAUCUUUUAAGAUAGUUUCAAAUGCAUCGUUCUCCAAGCCGUGUUGUUCUCAUGCAUUCUAUCAAUAUACGAUUCCAAAACAUUUCUUUUGGUUUUUCUGCGUUUUUUAUUUCCCCUUUUAGCAGAACUCUACAAUAUCUCAAUGUUUUGGGUGUGUGCCCUUGUGUCCGGAUCAACCAAAUUAUAGGUGUGGUAACAGUUGUUCGUGUUGUUUGGCGGGGCGAUAACAAACAAGAGUGGCGGGGCGAUAAUUGUAUAACGGCGUAUUGGCGAGGCGAUAACAAACACGUAACAAAAAAUCUGAUAAUGCCAACGAGUGUGACACUGUUUUAGGUGGGAAGUUGGGAAGAUAGGAUUGUAUAGAGUAAUUUAUAUCAGUACUUCUCUACCCAUCGAUGAACCAAUUUUAACGAAAACCGAUUUUGAGUGUUUUUUUUUUUAAAAUGCCCUGAUUUUACGAUUCCCAUAAAGAUGUACAUUUUAAAUUCUUAUAAACAAAUUAUUGUAUUACGUUCAAUUAUAUUCUUUUUUUUUUACAACUACAACUUAUAGUGAAUCUUAUGUAAAUUUUUCAAACAUUUUUGACCAAACAGAUUGUGUACAUAAAAGCGAAUAAAAACUUAAUGAAAUUUCAAAGGGCUAUAAUUAGCUAAAUGUUAGAAAGCUUUGACAAUUUCAUUGUUUAGAAAGGGCAUAUAUUUCAAGCCUCCCGUUAUUUCUAACUGAAUCACAAUAAAACAAACAAAAUCUAAAAUAACGGCCAUUACUUCCAUUCAUUAUUAAGUAUUUAAUACAAGGAAAAUCAAGAAAUGUCUUUCUCAAUGCACCAACUAAUCAAAAUUUGCUACCGAAAACCUUCCCUGAAGUUGAUUAUCGAAAUAAUACUUCUUGUUUCUCAAACUAGAUUUCUGUGAUUUUGGUUGCGUAACAAGAAUAUAAUCUAAUUUUUAUUAAUCAUUUAAAACCCGAAGAAAAUGAUAAAUCAUCUCAUUUAAAAAAGCAGAAAGGAAAAUAUUAGUUUUAAGUAGGUACUUAUAUUUCGUUUCGUCAUUUCCAAUUUCGUCGAAAACUAAAGAAAAAUGUAUCAAUAUUUUAAUUAUCUUUAUAAUUACUGGAUGAUUUUUAAAUAAUAAUAGUAAAAAAGUAUCAUUAUAAAUAGUUUUCUUGUUUUGUCCAGAAUACAAAGUGUAAAAAUGGCUUUUGAAUAGUUUUAAAAAUUCAAAUAUAUAAUACAUUUCUAUAGAUGUUAAAUUAAAUAUCGUAUGGCAUUUAGUUCUAAUAUGCUUAAUGUAAAAUAUAAUAAUAAAAAUUGUACCUAUAUUAUUAUGUAAAUAAUAAAUUAUAGUUUAUUAUUAUUAGUUUAAAUUAAAUAAUAAGAAAAUUACAAAUAUUUUAAGUAGGUAUGUUAUAAUUAUUUAACACUACCCAUUGAUAAUGAUGAUAAGUUAAAUAAUAUGUGUAAUUAAAUCCAUUUGUUCGUUAUAUUGUGAUAAUUUUGGUUUAUUUAUAUUUUUUAAGUAAUUAUUUUAGGGAUAUAUUCAUCAUUUGUAUAUUAGAAUAAUUGUUUACAUAUUUUAAAUGUUAUUUUUAAUUUUUAAACAAUCAUAAUAUUAUUGUCAUCAAUUGAGAUAAACCUAUUAAUAGAACUAUACACAUUUUCAUAACUAGUCAGUGAUUUAUUUGUAAAUGUCUUAAAUAAAAUUGUAUUCGUAAAAUGAAAUCGUAUGUUUUACACGUGACACGUCCUACUCAAUGUAUUAUUAUUGUGUUGACCAGACAUAGUUGUUUUUAAUCUCUGUCGACGAUUAAUCAUUAAUUUUUAUUUUAAGUCGUGUUUAAAUUUUUAAUAAUAUACAGAGUAAUUGUUUUAGUAUGGUUUAUAAUAAUACGAGUAUAUUAAAAAAGAAAAAAGCGACAUGUUUUGCACGAUGAGUGAGUCACUGUUUUACGCGUGUGUUGGGAAGGUAAAAGGGAAAUUUAGUGCAUAUCUGUACUCUGAGAUUAAUCAUUACUAACGAAAAAAAAAUUCUGAGUGGAGUUCGGUCAUAGAUGUUUUGAAAGGCCGUAAUAUAUUGUACAAUUUGAAAAUAGUAAAUUUCGUAUUUUUUCCCGGUUUUCCCCAUUUAUUAUGAAAAUACAUGGGAAAAUUAAAAAAUGACCUCCUAAACCCCAGUCAGAUUUCCUUUCAGAAAAGGUGCUACACUUGAAAAUCGGAGUAAAAUGUCUGGUAAAAAUGUUAUUCACAGGCAAAAAAAUAAUAAUAAUCAUUGCAAAAUCAAUGCAUUCCUAAUCCGCUUAGAAUCUGAAAUAUAUUAAUUUAUGUUUUUCCUAUAGUCUAUGAAUAUUUUUAAUAUUCAGUUUAAACGAUUACCUAGUGGAUAGUAGUUGUUUCUAUAUUACUAAAUUAAAUUAUUGUCUAGUAAUGUUUUUUUAGUUACGGAUUAUAAUUUACGUAAUUUAUUAGCCGAGUUAUUGGAAUGCUCUUAUAAGUAUAACAUUAGAAUAUAAGUAUCUAAAGAUAUAUUUACAUUAACAACCAUCGACAAAGGAAAUUGUUGUUUGAUGAGGGGGCGGGAAGAGACAUUCCAGAGAUAAUCUUAGGGCUAACUUUCACAUUACCAGAUAGCAGUGGCGUGUCCAGCGGAUAGGCCCGGGCAUACCCUGAUUUUUUUUUGAACCAUUAUACAGUAGGUAUUAACUAAAUUAGUUUAUUUUUUUACAUCAUGAUUUAAUUUUCAAAGAAAUGUAAUUUAUUAAUAUGAUAAAACGGAAAAAGUUUAAUACUGCGUAAGUAUACGUAGAAUAUCGUGUAUAAAGUGACUUGUCUAAAAUGAAUUCAAUUCAGAUUGAAAAAAUAAAUAAAAAAUGUCCAUUAAAAAAAAAAAGUGUACACAAAAAUUGGCCAGAAAGGUGACUAACUGACAUGUGGUCAGCAACACUCAAUCAUAAUAAUAUAAUAUUCACUAAUAAUAAUUUUAAACGACGUAUCUAGUUGCAAAAAAUAACUUUUAUCAAUCAUUAUUUACGCAGUCUUUGAUUAUUAUACUUUAAUAUGUUAUCCGUACAGUAGCAUAACCUCCCCAAUGAGGAUCGAUUAUUUUAGCAUUGAAGUAUUGUUAAUAACAGGAUGUGUUUUUUUCAGUGGCACGAACAACAAUCUGUUACGAUUUAGUUACCUUGUGUAAUUUAUUUUUACACCGUCUUCUUAAAUUACGUUAAACAUAUUUAAAUGUCAUACUUUUUUAGAAUGCCGUCUAACACAUUCUUUACGCUUUAAAUACGUAUCAAAUAAAGAAUACGAGAGUGAAUUACCCAGUUAAAUAUUUUUAUCGUAAAAUUGAUCACUCCAUUUGACCUUAUAGCCUAUACAUAAUAUAGGUGUUAUAUUGGAAGUAUAUUGCAUACGACCUACACGAUACAUCUGGACAGUGCAUUGUGUUUGACAUUUUAUCAACGAUUGAACUAUUAAUACCUAUAUCUUAUAGUUUUCGAUAAUAUGAUCAAUAGCAGCUAUAGCUUGUGUAGAUACAAUUAUUAUUCGAACAUAAUUGGAUUUAUUCUAUUAUUCUAAUAUUAUAAAUAGGUUGGUAGUUAAAUACUCGGGAAUCUGCUUUGAUUUUGUUCUAUAAAACGAUAUUUUGAAUUUCUUUUAAUACCUGCUAGAAAUAAUUAAUUUUUUUUAUACAAAACUAUGUUAAGAAGAAAAAAUGAACACAAUAUUAUGCAUAAAUUUAUUACCGUAAUAUAUAAAAACAAAAUUAAUUUUUUCAUCAACAUCCGUUUGUCAUUAAUAAUAUGUGUAUGUGUGUAUUAUGUAUAUUAUGCGUGUGAUUUAUGUUCCGAGUACAAAUCAUAAUGUCAUUUGUUUAAAUUGUCAUCCGAAACGAACACCCCGUUUACUUUUAUUUGGAAAUGAAAUAAGUAUUAGUAUUGAUUUUAUUAUAAAUAUAAUAUAAUAUAUUAUACGCUAUCGCGUAUAUUAUAUGACAUAAACUAGCAGAACCUACUCCAACGCACGUUCUCACUAACAUAAACGUUGAUUUUUAAACGGAGUUUUUUAAGAUAAUCGACCAGUCGUGGUCUAUUAUCAGCUGUAAACUCAGUUUAAGAAUCAGAUAAACGCCUUUUUUUACGUCGGUGAGAACGGCCCUAAGUAUGUAUCUAUGAGUUAGUCGACGUAUUUAUGUGUAUUAUAAUGGAGAUUAUCCUUUGUUGAAAUAAUUUAAAUUUAGUACAACAUAAUAUAUGAUAUUAUUUUGUAUUGCAGAUUGAAUCCGAUAUAAAUAAAACAAAAUAUAUUGUUUGUUCCAGUUAAAAAAAGAAAAAAAUAUUUUUAAUUUAUAUCACUAUAAAUAACGUAAUAUUUAAUGCAGAAAAUGAUUUUGGGUUUUAAUUUAUAUUAAUUUGUGUGUUUAAUUUUACAACGCAGGUAGGUUUGCAUAGAUUACAAAUCAUGAAGAUUGACAUGUCUAGUGUCUCAUGUUGUGUAACAUUAUCUAUUCGCAUUUCGUUCGUGUUCAAAAAUUAUUUUAACUACAGUCAACAAGGUAAUCUUCCUUUAGACACAUGAUGACGUAGGUAUGUUUUUGUUAGGAAAUAUAUAUAUAUACUAAACACCAUGUAUUAAUAAAUGUUCUAUUCAAUCAAGGAUAAUGAGACACCUACACAGGGUGUGGUAGCUAGUUUUCAAUGGAAAUAUUAAAAAUUAUCAAGAUAAAUAUUUAAUGUGUUUGUUUACUGUUUAUUGAAAAUAUUUAUUUCAAACAAAAUGGUAGAACACGGGUUAAUCCUAGAAUUGUAAAAGUAUGAUUUAUGUAGGUCACUGGAUGUAACCGCGACCAGCUCAAUAGUUAUUCACCCAUAUAUUUAAUAUAUAAUAUAAAUAUAUGUAUUAUAAUAUUCUAUCAAUUCACCCCUUAUAAUUUUAUUGUGGUUCAUUGCAGAUUAAAAUCAAUGGUUUUUAAAUAUUUUAUUCAGAGAAUAUUAAUUAUUACAAUAAAUUGUAUUUUAAUUUUUGUAGGAUGUAAUAAAUUAUAAAAUAUUACUUUAUAAAUGUUAUGAAUAAUAAUAUGCAUUCUUGCAAUGUAAAUUAUUUUAAACAUUGACGUAUUUCAAUUGCCCUUGAAUCAAAAUGCUUAAAUACAGAUGUAAAAUUAAAAUCAAUAUAAAAAUGCAAAGACGUAAUCAUCUAAUUUUAAAUGUUCUUGGGCGUAUACAUUAACACAGAAACCCUGGUCUUUGGAUAUAAUAAGCGUUUUUCUUUUGAUUACGUUUUAAUCAGGAAGGAUGCAAAAAUAAAAUUAUGGAAAUUAUUUUCACUGUGAUAAUCUAUUGGCAGGAAAACAAAAAUGUGUCGUUUUAAGAUUUAUUAUAUAGACAGAUUAUAUUUUAUUGAGUCGCUAUUUACAGAUAUAUUUGUAUACCUACUAGUCUAUUUAUUUUUAUAUUUUUAAAGAUAUUGGAGUUAAGGAACUGUGAAAUUAAUUUGAUUGACGGAAAUGAUUUAUUUUUUAUCUUUUCACCAAAUUUUAGAACGCUCAGUAAUUGACAGAUUUUUUAGUAGUACAUUAUGCUAUACACAAUUUUAUUCAACAUGGAGAGGGAAGACAAUCCUACUUAUUCUUUCACUUAUUCCAAUAUUGGUUAAUUUUUGUGAUUACUUAUUCCUUAAAAUUAAAUAAUUGAUUUUUAAAAUUGUGUACAAUAUAAAUUUUGAAAUAGUUCUAAUAUUUUUAUGAAUUUUUCAUAUUUGAAAUUUAUAUUUAAAAAAAAAAAAAAAAAAUAAUACAUUUGAGUGUAAUUUUUCAUUUAUUAUAUGUUUCAUUGUUUAAGGUGGAUCCUGCAACAUCCUACUUAAGGGCUGCGAGGUCAGGAAAUCUAGAAAAAGUUUUACAUCUACUUGAAAGUAGCGGUGUUGAUGUGAACACAGCAAAUGCUGUGAGUGUUUGUUUUUUAUUUUUGUAAUUAAUAUUUGUAUAUUUUUAAUUGUGUGUGUUCAAUACAGAAUGGGCUCAACGCACUUCAUUUAGCUGCUAAAGAUGGCCAUGUAGAUAUAGUAAAAUGUUUAUUAAAAAAAGGAUGUUCUGUAAAUUCAGUAACCAAAAAAGGAAAUUCUGCUCUUCAUAUUGCAUCAUUAGGUAAGAUUUUUUUUAAGAACAUACAUGUUUUAUAUUAUGAUUGUGUGUUACAGAGAUAUUAAAUACUGUUUUUCAGAUUUAGUGACCACAUUUUAUUAUUAGGAUAUAUAAUAUAUUAUUAUUUCAUAUUAUAUUUAAUGUGUAUAUAUGUAUAAUAUUAUUAAUACAUAAUUUAAUUGAGAGGACACCACACCCACAUAAUAUACUGUUUCUGUCUAUCCAAUGUAUAAUAGCUACAGCUGUUAAAAAACAAAUAUUAUUUAAAAUUCUCUAUCUUGUUUGUUAGAUUGUAUUUUACAAAAAAAGCUACAUGAUGGAUGUUCAAAUUCUAAAUUAAAUUUAAUAACCACAAAACCACAAUUUAAAUUCUUUGUAUCAUAAUUUUGCCAUUUUGAUAAAAAGAACAGUGUUUGUAGAUAUGGAAUUGUCUUAAAUUUAAAACAAUUGUUUUUUUAAAUGUAUUGUAAUGUAUAAUUAAUACAAUUGAUUAAAAUAAUUUUUAGUCAUAUUAAUGUAUUUUGUUAUUAUUAAUUAUAAUAAUAUAUUAUAUGGUAUUAAUAUAUUUUUUUUGGGGAAAUGUUUGUUUUAUAUACAUUUUAUAAUCCUGUUCUAUUAUAAUUUAGAAUAUUUUGAAAAAUGUUUCCAUUAUUCCUGAUAUGAAUUCACUUAAUUUUUGUUUUAAAUUAAAUUUCCAUUUGACUAGCUGGACAAGAAGCAAUUGUUAAAGUAUUAGUGGAAAACAAUGCUUCUAUAAAUAUUCAGUCACAUAGUGGUUUCACACCACUUUACAUGGCUGCACAAGAAAACCACUGCAGCAUUGUCGAAUUACUUUUACGAAAUGGUGCGAAUCAACUUUUAGUAACUGAGGUGAGGUAUAUAUUAAAAUAGAUAUGUUUAUAAUAAUAUUAAGUUUGCUUAAGUGAAUAAUUUAUGGCAAUUCCAAAUGAACAGUAGGUAUAGUGUUGCUAAGUUGAUUGUAUUCAAGGUUCCUACUAACAAUUGGGUGUAUUUAGCAAUUUACUCUUGUUGAUGUUGAAUAGUAAAUGAAGUAUGGUUAUUCAGAAAAUAUUAGCUAAAUGUUCUUAAUUGGACUUUUAGUGAAUGGACCCUGAAAGUUUUGUUUUAUAAUUUUAUCGCAUGUUAAAUAUAAAUAUUAUGUCUAGUUUUUUUCUUAUCCAAGGUCACUAAAAUACAUUAUUGUUAAAUUAAAUGAUUAUAGUUAUACUGUUAAUUUUUUUCUAAAUAAGUUACAAUUUUUAGUAGGCACUAGACAUAUCUAGAAAUUAAAAUAAUAAUAUUAAUUGACUCAAUUACUUUUAAAUUUAUUAUGCUGUAAUAAUAACUAAUUUUUAUAAGUUAUAAGUAUGUUUGUAUAGUAAGUGAUAAUUAGUGUUUAUUAUGUCUCAGUAUUACCCUUUUUAACAUAUCAGCAAAAUGGAUGAUCACAAUAUAAAUUUAUUGCUAUCAAUUAUAUUUAAACUUCAAAAAAAGUUUAAUAACCUAUCUACAAUUAACAUUAAAUGUAUAGUGAUAAUGUAUACAGAUCUAUAUAGUGGUGUAGCCAGGAUUUCACAUUGUACAGGGGAAGGAGUAAAAAUACUGUCAGAACAUUGUGGGUUGUUUUGUAAAUUGCCAUUACUCAUCUUGUACUGUAUAUACUGCUCAUGCUCUCAUGGAUCUCUCAGGGCUCUGUUGUUGGUGGGAAGUUAAGAAGAUAAAAUAAAUAGAAUAACUUAUUUAUAUAUGUACACAACGAUAAUCAACGAAAAAUGAUUUUGAUUAGUUAUGUUUUGAUAAAAUUAAUGAAUUGAAAAUUAUAUUAAUUUGAACCUCAUUGCAAAAUAAAUUACAAUUGUUAUACAAACAUAUUAAAACAUACAUUUUUCACUAUAAUCUUAGAAUUUAAAAAAAUUAUAAAAUAAAAUUUCUUUAUAAAAAAAAAAUACUACACUAAGCUCAAAUUUUUGUUUUUUAUCACAAAGUACAACUUUUAAUAAAUUUCCUGUUAAACUUUUAAGCAUUUCUAUAUAGUUAAGCAAUUUUAUAACAGAGUACUACAAAAUAAAAAUUACGUUUAGAACUCACAAAAUUAAAAUGUCUAUAAAUAGUUUAAAGAAAGCUAAAAAUUGUUGAAAAUGUUACCAUGUCUAGAGAAGGCAAAUAUAAGUUUUUGUACAAAUUUCAAAUAUCUACAAGUAUUUUUAACUGAAUUAUAACAAAUAACAAAAUCGAAAAUAAUAAAAAGCAUUAUUUUUGUAAAUUCCCCGUUUUUCUUACGUUUCAUCCCGUGUUUUCCUAGAUAUUAUGAUAAUUGUUUGAAAAAUCUAAAAAAUGACCUCCAUAAAGAACCAUCUAGAUAAUAUUUUAUUUUUGGAAUCGUACAUAUCAGAGUAAGAUUUUUGGUAGACUAUAACACAAACUUUAAAUGAUUAUAAUAGAAAUAUUUUAUAACUAUGGCUCAUGAGGAUGGGAACAGAGAUGCAUGAUUCUACCUGGCUAUGUCACAAGUUCCAUACAUUGAAAUAAAACUAAUACUAAACAUUUGUUUAGGAUGGAUUUUCUCCAUUAGCAGUAGCCAUGCAACAAGGGCAUGAUAAAGUUGUUGCUAUAUUAUUGGAAAAUGAUACUAAAGGCAAAGUUAGAUUACCGGCUCUUCAUAUAGCUGCUAAAAAAGAUGACACAAAAGCCACCAAUUUAUUACUUCAGGUUUUGCUAAAUUAAUUAUUUUAUUUAUUUAUUGACAUUUUUGACAAGUCCAAUAUACAUUUUAAAUUAAUAAUUUCACGUGUGCUCAAAUUUUAGAAUGAUCAUAAUCCUGAUGUCACAUCUAAAAGUGGUUUUACUCCAUUGCAUAUAGCAGCGCACUAUGGGAAUAACAAUGUUGCUUCUAUGUUGGUUCAAAAAGGGGCAGAUGUGAAUUUCACUGCUAAAGUAUGUAAAAUUUACUAUUCAUUUUAAUUUGAAAACUUAAAGUAAUAUUUAAAAAAAUAGCAUAAUAUAACACCAUUACACGUUGCUGCUAAAUGGGGAAAAUUAAACAUGGUUGAUUUGUUAAUACAAUUGGGUGCUAAUAUUGAAGCUAAAACUCGAGAUGGACUUACUCCAUUACAUUGUGCUGCAAGAUCUGGACACGAUCACAUCAUUGAACGUUUAUUACAAAGCAAUGCUCCUAGAACAUUAAAAACUAAAGUAUGUUUGGUUUUAUUAUUAAAAUUAUUUUUUAGUUUAAUAAAUAUUCUGUUAAAAUAAUUUAGAAUGGAUUAGCUCCUUUACAUAUGGCAGCUCAAGGAGAUCACGUAGAUGCAGCUAAAGUACUUUUAACUUAUAAAGUACCUGUCGAUGAUGUUACUGUAGAUUAUCUUACCAGUUUGCAUGUAGCUGCUCAUUGUGGACACGUUAAGGUGGCGAAAACUCUACUAGAUCAUCAUGCUGAUCCAGAUGCUAGAGCAUUAAAUGGGUUUACACCCCUUCAUAUAGCCUGCAAAAAGAAUCGGAUUAAAAUUGUAGAACUUUUACUAAAACAUGGUGCUACAAUUGAAGCUACAACAGAAGUAUAUAUAUUUUUUAAUUUGAAUUAAUUAUCGCUGAAGUUGUGUUGAACUAUUUCAUUAUUGUUAUUUUUUAUUUUCAGUCUGGUUUAACACCACUACAUGUUGCCAGUUUUAUGGGCUGUAUGAAUAUAGCCCUUGUUUUAGUUAGUCAUGGUGCUUACCCAGAUGCCAGUACAGUUCGUGGAGAAAGUCCUUUACAUUUAGCUGCCAGAGCAAAUCAGUCUGAUCUUGUAAGAGUCUUGGUGCGUUCUGGAGCAACAGUAGAUUCUAAAGCUAGACAUGGCCAAACACCACUUCAUGUUGCGUGUCGACUUGGUCAUACUCAGAUCGCUACUUUACUCCUACAACAUGGUGCUUCAGUUGACACUACAACUACUGAUUUAUACACUCCUUUACAUAUAGCAGCUAAAGAAGGACAUGAUGAAGUAACAAUGAUUUUAUUAGAGAAUGGAAGUUCUUUAGUGGCUACUACAAAAAAGGGAUUUACACCUCUUCAUUUAGCUGCAAAAUAUGGAAAUAUCACUAUAGCUAGUACACUUCUGGAAAAAGGAGCACCUGUUAAUUCUCAGGGCAAAGUAAAUAUUAUUAAACUUUAAUCAUUUUAAUAUCUAAAGUGAGAAAUAUACAGAACAUUUAAUUAAUUGACUUACAUUGAAGAUUUUUAUUUUGUAUAAUACUGAUCAACAAAAUAUAAAUAAUAUUUUAAAUCUAAUAAUCUAAUAAAUUUAAAAAUAUAAAUUGCUUCAUAAAAUUUGUUUUGUAAAUUUAAUAUAUUUUGAAAAUAUUAAUCUUUUCAAAUUCUUUUGACAAAAAAUAAUAUUUUUAGUUUUAUAAAUAUAUUAUAUAACAUUUAUUAAUUUAUACUUCAACUAUUUUUUUACAAAUGUUGAAAACUAAAAAUCCAGCCAAUUUAUAUAAACUGAUAUAAUAUCUUUUAUAUCCUCGAAUAUAUUUUUAAAUGAUAUAAACUAAUAAUGCUUUAAAAUUAAAAAUUAUAAUAUUAUAAUUUAUAACAAUAUCCCAUAGUAAUCACCAUGUUGAUGAAGUAAACCAAUUUUUAACUUUUUUAAGCUUUAUUUUAAGCUUUUAGCUUUAAAAUAGCUUUUUCAAGUAAUUUUAACUGAAUUAUUAUAUUUUGAAAUAUAUCUUUCAGUGAAAUCAUUAUUUACUAUUUAAUAAUAGAAGUUACAAGCAAUACAAAAAUAAUAUCAUUCUAAUUUUCAUUUUAUAUAAAAUAAAAAAACAAAAAACACAUUUAAUAUUAAAUUUGCCAUCCAACUAUUGUAUAACAUUAGAAUUGUUUAAAGUCAAUUAAUUUUGGUUUGUAAAUUAGAAUGGCGUUACACCGUUACAUGUGGCUAGUCACUAUAACCACCAAGAUACAGUAUUCUUACUUCUUGACAAUGGGGCAUCACCACACAUGGCUGCUAAAAAUGGUCACACACCGUUGCAUAUAGCUGCUAAAAAGAAUCAGGUACACAUUGCAUAAUUAAAGUUUAGUUUAUUUUUUGUUUUGUGGAGCAUAUCUUUGUAAUAUACUUGUAUUCUAGUUGGAUGUUGCUUCUACACUGUUGAUGAACCAGUCAGAUGUGAAUGCUGAAUCUAAAGCUGGGUUUAGUCCGUUACACCUGAGUGCACAGGAAGGUCACGUGGAAAUGUCAAAACUGUUAUUGGAACACAAGUCGGACAUCAACCUGCAGUCUAAGGUAUCAUAUGACAGAUGGGUUUAUGAUUAGAUAAUAAAAUCUCUUAUUUAUCCAUUUAAUCAUUAUCAUAUUUGUCCUUGUAGAAUGGAUUGACACCGUUACAUCUUUGUGCACAAGAAGAUAAAGUAAAUGUAGCAAGUGUAUUAGUUGAGAAUAAUGCAAAUAUAAAUGUAACUACUAAGGUAAGUAAAGAUAAUUUACUACUUUGGAUUUAUUACUUUUAAAAAAAUUGUUUUUUUUUUUUUUUUUCUAGACUGGAUUUACACCUUUACAUGUAGCUUGUCAUUAUGGCCAACUAAACAUGGUGAGAUUUCUUUUAGAAAAAGGUGCUAAUGUGGAUGUACAAACAUCAUCUGGUUAUACAGCUCUUCACCAGGCUGCUCAACAGGGCCAUACAAUGGUCAUUACACUUUUACUUCAGAGUAAAGCUUCUCCUAAUAUACAAAACAUGGUAUUGUUAUCAAAUAAUUUUAAUGUAGUGUUACUAAAACUUUGAAUUUGGUUAUAUAGCAAGGACAAACACCAUUAAAUAUAGCUCACAAAUUGGGAUAUGUAAGUGUUGUAGAAACGUUAAAAGUUGUCACUGAAACAACUAUAACAACUACAACAACUAGCACCAUUGAAGAAAAAUACAAAGUUUUAGCACCUGAAUCAAUGCAAGAAACAUUUAUGUCUGAUUCUGAAGAUGAAGGAGGUAAAGUAAAACACAUUUAUUUAGCGGAAUCAAUUUAAGCUUCAAACUAACAAAAAUAGUGUUUAUUAUAAUUUUUACUAAUGGCAUUUAUAAAAUUAAAUGGUGGGCAGUUUUAAAGACAUGUUGAUAUAAACCCAUGUUUAAAUGGAGCUUCUCUUGAGUGGUUUGCUUGUCCUGUUGAAUAUUAUUAUUAUUUUUUUUCCGGGACAAUUAUUUGAGACAGGUGGUGAUGAUGUCUUGUCGGUGAUCAUGAACGAUUACGGCAAGCCAACACAUGCGCAGCAUAUUUAUCUUCCAUACUAUCAAGGUCAAAAUGUACUACGUAAGUUGUUAUAAUAAAAAAAAGAAAAAAUGAUAGGAAAAAACAUUAUUUACGUUAUUUAUAUUUCGCUUUACGCCAUCAGUGUUAACAUUGCAUCGCUUCGGUUUUUGCUUAAAAUAGCAUUCAUUUAAAAUAAUUAUAAUAUAAGAGUCGUGGUUAAAGUUGUUGGUCAGUUAUUUAUACAUUAGAAUCUACUUACUGAAAAAAGUUUUAACAAUUUUUAAUCAACCCAUAAUAUAUUCAGUCUUCAUAUGAAUAUUUUAAUUUUAUGAAAUUCAAUAUUGAGUACUAAAAUUUUUUUGUUAUGUCCCAAAUAAACUUUGUUGAGAUGUUAUUUUUUUUUUUUAAAAAUUAAGUGUAAACAUAUUGAAUAUUAGAAUAAUGCAAUAUUAUUAUUAAUAUGAAACAUCUCUGUGAUAGCUUAUAUGAAGUUUUAGUAUUCAUGAUUUAUGUUUUGAAAUUAAAUAAAAACAAUAUUAGAUUAUAGGAACAUACAUUUUAUUUAUGGGCAGAUAGACAAAUUGAUGCUCUAUUAAAACAUUCAAAGAAUUCUCACUGUUUAUUAUAUUCAUUAGAUAUUAAUAUAUGUUUUAUAUUAUAUAAAAACAAUAAUUAAAUAAAAGAUUUUUUUUUUCUUUAUUCAAAUUAGUCAUCUAAAAAUAUUUUCUAAACAAAGUUUUCAGAAUCAUUAUUUUAUUUAUUUAUUUUUAAUUAUAAUAUUGUUAAAAUUUGCUAUUCAGGACUGAUUUAAUUAAAUAAUGAUUUAAUAUUAAAAUAUGAAAUCAGUUUAAUAUGAAUAACGUAUUUCAAUUUCGACAAAUAAUUAGUUCCCCAUAAUAAUGCAUAAAGUUUAAGUUUAUAGUUUUAUACCCCUUAUUUAUAGCUGUUAGUUAUUAUAACCCAGCUUUCAAAUAAAUUUAUUUAACAUUUCAGUAGGUAUAAAUGUAAUAACAAUGUAUAAUAGGAACUUAUGUUAUCUACAGGAACGUUGAUCACAUUGUAUUUUAUCUACGUCUCUGACAUAAAUGUGAGUCAGACAUUGACAUAGUGUGCUUUUAUGUCGUAGGUAUAGUUAAUAGUUAUGUUAUUAGCAAAACCUAAUUUCAAGAUAAACUAGUUUAUCCCUAUGUUGGUGAGAAGUUGGACAAAUAGACGAGAGAUUUAGUAUAUAUCUGUACUCAAAGAUUAAUCCUUGCUUACGAAAAACGAUUUUGAGUGGAGUUUGAUUAAUUAGCCUUUUUGAAUGGCUGUAAUAUUUACGAUUUUGAAAUAACACAUUACUUAAAUUUUCCAUUUUUUCCUAUUUGUUAAAAAACCACUGGGGAAGUAAAAAAAAUAACUUCCUCAAGUACCAAUCCACGCAAAUUUCAUUUCAGAAAACGUGCUACACUAGAAAAUCUGAGUUAAAUUUCUGGUAGAAAAGUUAUUCAUAGAGAAAAAAAAAAUUAACAUUUUAAACUAUUACAUUCCUUGUUCUGCUCAGAAUGUAAAAUUAUAUUAUUGUAUUCUGGUUUCAAAUUAUUAUAAGAGUUAUUCAUUUAUAUGAUGGAAUAUAGACAAUAAUUUUAUCAUGACUCUAAUAAUUUUAAUUACAAUAUGCUUGCAUGUUAAAAUAUUGCUAAAUUAAAAAAAAAAAAAGGUAUUAUGAAGUUAAUUUAAAUAUACAGGUAAGUUAAUAUGUUUUUUUAAACUUAAUACAAAAUGUAAAUAUAUUCAAUGCUAUUAAUACAAUAUAUUUUUGUGGUAUUUAUUUACUGAUGUACUUUUAAUGAUAUUUUUUCUUUUAUACAAAAUGUUUAUUUUAUUACUAUAUAAUAGUUAUUGAUAUAUAAUGCAUUUAUAAUUAUUAAUUUUUUGUUUAAAGUCUAAUUUAUAAAAUCAAUAAUUUUCCAAUUUAACAUUAUUAUGUAUUGCUUAAUACAUUUCUAACUAUUUAAAUAGUUUAUUUAUUUUAUUUACAUACGACAGUCAUUUUUCAAACCCCGAUUAACUUUUAAUUUUGGUGAUAUUGGCAUUAUUUAAUUUUUAUAUUCUAAAUUUGAUUACAUAUUCGACAAGUUACUUAUUAUUACUACUUAUAUAAUAUAUUAAAAUUCAUUCUAAGUCAAUAAGAACCGAAUUAACUAUUAAUUAAUAUGUUUAUGUUUUAAUGAUUUUGUUUUCAAGAAGUAUAAUCUAUAUAAACAAAAAUCAUUAUAAAGUGAUAUGAACAAUAUUAUUAUUUCAGCAAACACACUCAAAAUGAUAAAAUCAUUUUGUAUUUAAUUAUUAAUUUGCAAUCAUUUUGAGUGGGCUUCAUUAAAAAAAAUUAAUAAUUUUAUUGUACUAUUUAGAUAAAUUAAAACUGAAGUUUAAUUUACUCUCAAGAUAAGAUAUACUGAAUAAAUAAACCUUGCAACUUUGGUUUUAGUUAACCAACUUUAUUAUGCAUAAAAUAUUUAUAUUUAUUUUUUUUUGUGUUUAUAUUUGGAAUGUUUGAUAUGUUUAUUAUUUUAUUAAUAUUUGAUUGAAUAAAAGUGAAUGUAUUUUAUGUUUAAUAAUGUAGAACAUAUUAUUUAAUUUCAUCAAAUAAAUUAUUUUUUAACAUAUUAUUUAUAUUGAUAUAGCUAUUUUGAUUUUUAAUAGAUGAAGAUCCAUUGUUGAAUAAUCAACAUGAAUAUCGGUAUAUGACUGUAGAUGAUAUGAAAUCUUAUGGAGAUGAUUCAUUAAAGAUUGAUGUUACAAGGGAUGAAAAGAUGGACCUGGUAAAUGAUUCAGUCGGUAAGUAUUAAAUGUUGAGUUGAAUGUAUAAUUUUAAGUUGAAAUGUCCCCUCCCUUCCGACUCCAAAAAAUGUCCUACAAGUUUCACACAGUUUUUUUAUCAAUUAUAAAAUUGGUAAUUGGUUCUGAAGAUAAUUUUAUUUUACACCUUUUUAAUACUUAUAAUAUUUUAUUGAUUAUAACUAGUAUAUUUUUGAAUUUAUGAAAUAUUAUAAAAAUUGGGUUUUAAGUUUGAGUCAUACUUAAUUUUUAAAUGUAUAACCUAAUUUACUACCUAUUACUUUAUUUGUUUUAAAUUAAUUUGUAAUUUUGUGUUCUAAGAUAAAUAUUCUGUUUUCUUAUUUACAUUGGUUAUAAUCAGGUCAUGGGACUUUAAGCACUUAAAAUCCAUAAAAGAGCACUUAUAAAUGUCAAAAAAAGCUCUGAAAUAUUUGCUCAAAAAAUAUUUAAAAAGCAAAAAUGUUAGAUGGGAUUUAAAAGUCUUUCCUCUUAUGGCUCUAACUUAUUAAAUAAAAAUAUCUUUACCUGUUAUGACCACUCAUUUUUAUUUUAUUUGUUAAUAGUGUAAUUGUGUAAUUUUUUGUUCUAUAUGGUUAUUAUUGUAUUUAUCUACAUCAAAUUAUUUAGAUAGCAUAAGAUGACAAUAAAAUGGGAAAAUAUAAUUUUAAAACAUUAUUACUAAUUUUUCACUCUAUAAUGUAUUUAUGGUUAAAUUUUGAAUUUUUUCAACCAUAGAUAGAAAAAAAAAUCAUAUAUUAAUAGAAAAAAGUCCUUAAGUUCAUAGGUCGCAACUCUACUCUACAUACUAUUUAUUUAAAAAAAAAAAAAUUACUGAUUAAUCAUUUUUGGUGUUAAAAAUUUGCGUUUAAUAAGUUAGAGCCGUUAAAAGGAUUGACUUAUAAAACCAGUCUACCAUUUUUGCUAUUUUAAUAUUUUUGAAAUUUUCAAAUGUUUUUUUUUGAUUGAAUGUUUUGAUUUAAGUGCCUAAAGUUCCGAGCCCUGGUUAUAAUCACUUAAGUUGAUUAAAAGCAUGCAGUUUUUACAUUUAAUAUUGAUUAUAUACAAUUUAUCUAAUUAAAAAUGUUUCUUUUUUAAUAUUACUAAUGUUAUAUAAUGUGUAUUAUUUAAUUAACAGUUGCUAACGAGUAUAUAAGUAAUACUCAUUACAUUUCACCCCAGUACUCGCCCAACCCCUCUGGAGGUAGCAUACUAUCUGACAACAUUGAUAUUUGUCGUUCGCCCGUAAAUAUUGGGUAAGUUCAAUUUAUUUUUUAAAUUAAUAAACUGAAUAGUAUAAAAUAAUGUGCUUAAUCGUGUGUUUUAAGAGUACAAAAUGUACAUAUUUAUUUUAGAGGUCUCGAUUGAAAACGUGAAUUAAUACGUUCCUGUGUACGGGAGUCUAUGUACACGUGAAUGAAAAUUUUUUACUUGUGUGAAUUUACUAUCCAUACUCAUAUAUUCACAGUUAUUUGUUUAGUGGAUAACAUACUAUAUUAAAUUUAUUGUGGAUUUUGUAUGAUUUUAAUUUAUUUUACUGUACAAUACGUGAAUACGCGUAUACAAAUUAUCUAGUUUACAGUUUUAUAGAUUCUAUAUGUUCCUUAAUUCAUUUGUGAUGACAUCUUUAGUGGCAUCAUUGAUAACAACUACAUCUAGUCCAUCACAUCUAAUUACCCAACUCGUAAGCAAGGUGAGUGAUAAAGAUAUCUUAGAUGCCACAAAUAUCAACUCAGUAGAAUUAAGGAACAUAUGGAAUUUCACGUGAAUAUGUGAAAGCGUUGUCAUAUAAAAUACGGAGCUUAUAUUAUUUAUAUUAAUAUUUUAAUGUCCAAAUAUAAAUAUUGAGGGUUUUUAUCUUCUUAAACUUUCUAUGUAUAAUAAAAUGCUUUGGUAUAAUUUAUUUAAAAUCAAAAUUAUUAUCAUCAUUAUUGUACUGUAAAAAGCUUUAUUUCACUGAUCUUUGCACCUAUGGUUAGUUUGUAAAGCAUUAUUUGAACACUAAGCACAAAAUAAACUAAAAAAUUAACUUUGGGAGUUAAAUGUAUUAUGCAAUUUCAGUUGUAAUUAUUACGAUUAUUGUUAAAUACGUAUAUUUCUUAUUUAUUCUAUAAUUAUUAAUAUACUAGCAUACUAAUAUUGAUAUUUAAUACUAUUAAUUAUAUUUAUAUAAUAUAUAUACGGUGUCCAACAAAGAUUUACUCAGUUUACCCAUACAGUAACAUGUUCAAAAUGUUUAUAUCUUCGCAAGAUACUUGUAUAUAUAUUAUAUAACAGAACCUUAAUUAAAAUAACAUAAUUUUUUAUAAAAAUAAGCAGCUAGUUUUUCUAAAUUAUAGUUUAUAUAUCUUCUACUUCAUUUUAUAAUUUUAUAUUUCAAUUUUAAUUUAAUAAUGAAAAUAAUGAUUUUAAAUGGAAACAGCAUUUGAAAAUUGAAGAAAAAUAAAUUAAAAAUAUAGAUUUCAUAUACUAUUGAAAUUUUUUUUUAACCUUUAAUUUAAUAAAACUAAUUCGAUAAUUUCUUAAAAUAUUAUUAUUGAUUUAUAUUUAAUUUUAAUUAUACACAGUUAUGUUUUCGAAGUACUAAACAUUAUUUUAGGAUUAUGAGUAUAAUUUUCUGUAAUUAAAUAAACUAAAUAAUUUUGAAUUAAUAAAAAAAUUUUGUUAACAAAUUAAUUUUAUGAAAAUCAUUAAAUUCAUAACAUUUGAUCUAAAUGCUAAAAUAAAUAUUAUUACUUAGUAGGUAAUAUUUUAAUUUGUAGUUGUAACAAAUAAAUAUGAUGUAAUUAAGCAUAAUACUGGCUGUCCCACGAAGAUAUAUCCCUUGAAUAUCUCUGGAGAUAAUAAAGACAAUCAAAAUAUAUUUAUGUAAUUACUCGCAGGGAUGAGGGCUACAAAUAUUUGUAUUUGAAUUUAAUUUUUUUUUAGUGAAAAAUUAACUUUUAUUUUAUUAUUUUUGGAAAAUGUUAAGAUAGCCAGUCUGUAGAGUUGAUUUUUCUAAAAAUUUUAAUGCAUUACAUAUUUUCAUCUAAUGAAUAGUUUCUAAGUAACAGCCGUUUUAAAUUCUAUUAAUCCGUGUGAAAAUCGAUGUUAUAGCGUAACACAGUUAGAUUAUUCCCUAGAUAAUAUCGAUUUUCACACGGAUUAAUAGAAUUUAAAACGGCUGUUACUUAGAAACUAUUCAUUAGAUGAAAAUAUGUAAUGCAUUAAAAUUUUUAGAAAAAUCAACUCUACAGACUGGCUAUCUUAACAUUUUCCAAAAAUAAUAAAAUAAAAGUUAAUUUUUUACAUUUUUUUACAAAAAAAAAAAAAAUUUUAAUUCAAAUAUAAAUAUUAGUAGUUCUUAUAUCCAUGAGUAAUACACAAAAAACAUAAUUUGAUUAUUUUUAUUAUCUCUGGAUAUAUUCAAGAGGUAUAUUUUCGUGGGACAGCCUGUAUUGUGACUCACAAAAAUGAAUUUAUGUAACUUAUUAUUCAACUUUUAAGCAUGAAAAUGGUGUAAGUAGCUUGUUGGUCUUUUUGAAUAAUUAACUAUGUAAAAUAACUAUUAUUUGUUGAUUUGUGUACGAGAAUGCAUUUUAAAUUAUAUGCAUCUUGUGCAUUAGAGAAAACCCAUUAAACACGUCCCGAUUGCAUUUUAUACCGACAGGUUGGAUAGACUAGAGAAAUCAUUGGAAAUGCUCGGCCCUUGUGGAAAAACUACUGGAAUGUGGCGCGAAAGGUAGACUGAGUGAUUGUUUUUGAAUGAAACACAACACAAACACAUUAACUUGAAACACAUUAAUUGUAUUCUUUCUUAUUUUUCAUUAAUGCUCUAUUUUUCUUUUUAAAUUUUGUUUAAUACUUCUAACGAUAUUUUGCUGUGCUCUGAAUGCCAUACAAUAGAUAUGCAAUGCUAUAAUAAAUUUAAUACAUGUUUUGUGCUCUAUAACUGUUAUCUGUCAAUUUGAUAUUUAGUAUUAACAAACUCAUAUUCACAUAUUUUAGUAUAAUUUUUAUUUAUCUUUGGUUAUAAUUUCACAUUAUGGUUAGGGUUUUUGUUUGGUAAAGUUACAUACGUAGUAUACUGGUUUUUUUUAGUUAUUCUAACAUUGCAUGAGUCAUGAGUAUGUUCUAUUAUAAUUUAAGUUUGGUAUACAUAUUAAAAAUUAGUUUUAACUUUCCAUUGAGUUCCAAAUCAAUUUUCCAGAAAAUUAUCAUAAAAGUUUGUAAUGAAAAUGUUAAAAAAAAGGUCAUUUAGUAUUAUAAUUCGUUGUAAAUAAUUUAUAAUCUGUGGUCCAAUAAUAUUGUAUAUUUCCAUAUAAAUAAUACACAUGCUAAUAAGUUACAUUGUGUGUAAUGUAUAUUAACAAACUAUUUUAUAUUUAUAAACUACAUGUUACAAAUUUCUUUUUGAAAUUUAUCUGUUUAUUGAACAUUGUAAAUAACAGCACUAAUUUAAAAUUUUAUGUUUUUUAAAUAAAAAAUUGAACUACAAUGGCAUUGUACAGAAAAAGCCGCUGGAAAAAGUAAGUUUUCAAUAAAGCACACAGUCAUUUUAUUCCUACUCUAUAGAGAAUAUAUAGAGUUUGUGUGUUUUAUAGUUAGAUCAAUAGAAAAUGUUUUAUACAACAUAUAAAUAUUUCCUCUAAAUAUUGCUAAUACCAUUUAGGGCAUGAAUAGUCUAGAGUACAUCUAAUCGUACUGACAUUAAUUACUUAGCACCUUAUAGUUUUUAAUUCUUUAGUGCACUGUUUUAUUAAUUUUUUAAUUUUUUGUUUUUUUUUGUUUUUUUUUUUUUUUUUUUUUAAGGUAAUAUUAAAUAGCUUAAUUUAUUAUUUAGUUUCCUAGUGAGUUUUUUGGUGGAUGCUCGAGGAGGAGCUAUGCGAGGAUGUAGGCAAUCUGGUGUACGCGUGAUCAUUCCACCACGAAAAGCACCAAGUCCAAUGCGAGUUACUUGCCGUUAUUUACGGAGAGAUAAAAUGGUUAAUCCACCACCAUUAAUGGAAGGAGAAGCAUUAGCAAGUAGAAUACUUGAACUUGGACCAGCUGGAGCUAAAUUUCUUGGGUAUUUUCAAAAAAUAUAAAACUAUAUUUUCAAUGUUGUUUUAUUUAAAUUUUUUGUUUACAUAAAUGCAGUCCUGUUAUUAUUGAGGUACCUCAUUUUGCUUCAUUGCGAGGAAGAGAAAGGGAAUUAGUUGUGUUAAGGUCAGAAAAUGGAACAACAUGGAAAGAGCAUACUUUAGAAGCUAAUGAAGAAGCUGUUCAAGAGGUGCUUAACGAUAGCUUUGAAGGGGAAGAACUCAGACAGAUUGAAGAUCUCAGAACAAGUCGUAUUGAGCGAAUAUUAACUUUAGAUUUUCCUCAGUAUUUUGCUAUAGUUUCAAGAUUGCGACAGGAAAUACAUCCUGUUGGCCCAGAAGGAGGAGUGAUAUCUUCUACUGUUGUACCACAAGUUCAAGCAUUAUUUCCUCCCAAUGCAUUAACUAAACGUAUAAAGGUUGGCUUACAGGUAAAAAAUAUAAAUUAUACUUAAAACUAUACUGUGAUUAUUUAUAUUAUUAUUGCUUUUACUAUUUAGGCUCAACCUAUUCCAGUAGAAAUUGUUACAAAAUUAUUUGGCAACCGUAUAGCUGUAUCUCCUGUUGUAACCAUUGAACCUCGUAGGAGGAAGUUUCACAAAGCAAUUACGUUGACUAUUCCUUUACCUCAAGCUACUACUAAAGGAAUGAUCAAUCAGUAUUCAGGGGAUGCUCCUACAUUGAGAUUACUUUGUAGUAUGUCAGGUUGGUGAAAGUAAUUAACUAUGUUAUAAUGUAUUCAGUUGUAUUGAGGCUUUAAACCAUAUUGUUAAACAUGCACCACAGGUGGUCAGUCAAAAGCCCAGUGGGACGAUGUCACCGGAGGAACACCAUUGACAUUUGUUAAAGAUUGUGUAACGUUCACCACAACUUUAUCUGCUAGAUUUUGGUUGAUAGAUUGUAGAAAUGUCAGUCAAGUCAAAAAUAUAGCUACACAGCUCUUUGUUGAAGCUAACUAUGUUCCAUUUAUGGCAAAGUAAUGAAAAAAAAAUCUAUUUUAUUUGAUUGUACCUAUAAGAAAAACGGAAUUAUUUUAUAUUAGGUGUAUAAAUAUAUUAAAAUUUUAAUUUUUAGGUUUGUAGUAUUCGCUAAAAGAACAGAUGUUAUGGAAGCACGUCUUAGAGUAUUUUGCAUGACAGAUGAUAAAGAAGAAAAGACAUUAGAAAAUCAAGAACAUUUUAUGGAAGUAGCCAAAAGUAGAGAUGUAGAGGUGUUACAAAACAAAAGCAUAUUUGUAGAGUUUGUUGGUAAUCUGUUGCCAAUAUUUAAAUCUGGUGAACAACUCGAAUUAAAUUUCACUGCUUUCCGUGAAAAUCGUCUACCAUUUACUGUUCGUAUACGUGACCUGGAGGAUACUAAUGUUGCACGUAUUCUAUUUAUGCGCGAACCCAAAGUAAAUCGUGGUGAUCCUGCUCAAUCACCUUUAUGUGUGUUAAAUGUGACUAUUCCCGAAGAUAUUAUUAAUGAAACAUCCAAGUCAGAAUCAGAUUUAUUAAGCCUUGACCGAAGCUACAAUUUUAAUGAAAAUGGUUGUUUUGGUAUGAUAUUCAUUUUUAUUAAUUAAAUUAUACAUUUUUAGUCCAUGACAAAAUAAUUAUUUUAUAGACCAACAAAUCGAUACUAUACAUCGAGCAGAUAUCCGUUUGUCAGAUAUAUCAAAUAUGUUGGGUACUAAUUGGUCUUCAUUAGCAGCCGAACUGGGAAUUCUUCAGUCAGACAUUAGUAUUAUUCAAUCAGAAUACCCCGGUAAUGCUCAGCGUAAGGCUAUGGUUAUGCUGAAAUUGUGGUUGCAGACAUUUGGACAGCAAGCUACAGGAAAUUCAUUGGAAAAGGCAUUAAGAGCCAUAAAUCGUGAAGAUAUAGUAAAUCAAUGUAUUCAUAAUAUUGAGAUUGUAACUGAUGACAUGGAAAAAGCGGUAGCUAAAGUACAAUUGGAUCAGUCUGGAUUUGAUUCUCUGAAAGAGGAAUUAGGACCUUCAAGAGACGGUUCUCUUGGUCGAAAAGUUUCACUAUCUAAUCUUAAGGUUAUUAGUUUUAAAUUAGCUUUUAUUUUUUUGUGAAAACUAUUGAUAAUGGUUUGCAUUUUGUUUCUAGAAAGUUAAACAAGUAGAGUCAAAUAAUGUUGAUCAAUCACGUAAUGUAGAUGAAGAAUUAAUAAAUGCUCUUAAUAAACAAAUGAUAGUUCAAAAUAUAGAUAUAAAACCUUCAGUUCUUGGUAAAUUAUUGAACAAUUAAUUAUUAUUUUUGUUUCAACAUAAGAAUAUUGAUCAUUUUGUAGAUAACAAGUAUGCUGCUGAAGUUAAAGAGUAUGAUACAGAAACUUCUAACGGUGUGUUAGAAAGAGUAGACACACCUCCGCCAAGUCCAGCUGAAUUUUUGGACAAAACAGAUAAAAGUAAUAAUUUAGCAUUUAAAAAUAAUAAUGACAAUUAUAAUGUGUUAUAUUAAAUUAUUUCUAUUAGGUAAAACUUCUUCAAAUUAUGACAGUAAUGUUUCUGAAGAAGUUGACAAGAAUGUUACUGGAACACAUUGACUAGCCAGUGAUUAGGUAAUUUAUGACUAUUCCUUUUAACAAAAAAUAAAAGCUGAUUAAAUUAAAAUUAUUUAACUAUAUUUAAUUGUUUUGCUAAUUUAUUAAUGCACAAGUGUUAUUUAUAUGAAAUCAAUGCUGAUAAUUUGUUCUUAUUGUAGACAAAUAUUUAACUGUAAUUUGUUCUAACAAGCUUAUGGCUUAAUUAUAUUUGUAUCAAGUAUCAACUUGAUUUAUAAAAUAAUUAAGUAAUUUUUCUUUUUUUUUUAUAUUUGCAAUUUGUAUUAAAAUAUUUAUUUUUAAUAUUGUAUCUAAUUUGUUUAAAAUGUACUACUGGUUAGUGAUGUUUUGUUUUGACUUUGUUGUUAUUAUUAAUUAUGCCUUAUAAUUAAUUAUUCUAUGUGCAUUUUUCAUCAGAUAUAUCAAAUAAUAAAUCCUGAUUAAUUAAUUUAUUUAUGCAUAUUGAAAUUCAAAAUUAUAUAUAUUAUAUUAAAUAUAUAUAUAUUUACAUAUUUAUUUAUAAAAAAAAAUAUUGUAAAUUAUGAUAUAGAUCAGAUGUAUAAGUACACAUAUUUGUUUUGUUGAUUAAUAACUGUUUGGAAGACAUUGUUGUUCAAUUGUCUUUUUAAAAGUAAAAAUUAAAUAUUCAAAAUAAUUAAAUAAUAUUUAACACAUGUGUGAAUAUAAAAAUAAUGUUUUUUUUUUUUUUAAAAUAACAAAACCAUUCCUUGGUUAAAAUAAUAAUAUACUUUGGUAUUGUUAAUAUUAUAAUAUUCGCAGUCCAGAUAAUGAUUAUUCUGGUAGUAAUCAUAUUGCCACCGCUUGUGUCAAAAUUCUGAAUCCCAGCCAGACGAUUCAUCUGGUGGUAUAUCUCUGUCUUCAGGAUAAAUGUCGAAAUUUGUAGAAUCUAGAGAGUUGUUGAUCUGUUAUUGUGAAUAUGUGAAAUUUAUUAACAUUUUUUUUAUUAUCAAUUUAUUUGUGUAUAUAUUGGCUAAAUGAUAAGUACAUACAUUUGGAAUGAUUGGUGGAAUUAUACUUUUGCUCCUCAGACCCGCCCAGUCAAAUCCUUUGAACCACCUACCAGACAAAUUUGAAUCAAUGUAAUGCCUAAGAAUUUAAAAAAGGUGCUAUAAAAAAAUUACUCAUGUCUCCUGAUGUCUUGUAUUCCACCCUUUUGAUAGCCAAUCCUUUCUGUUGGAUCGCUACGGCACAGCUGUUUCACAAGACUUUGGGUCAUUUUGUUCAUCUGCCUCGGAAAGUUCACUGUUCCGAUGCCUUUAAGUAUCGCAUUAUAGAUGUCCAUUGGCUCUUGACCACUAAAAGGUGGUCUGAUAACAAAAUAAAAAUAAAGCAAUUUGUUUAGUUGAAUACCAAGAUAUUGAUAUUGAACCAUCAAAUUAGCAAGGCAGUGUUAUAUUACACAGGUAGAUCAUUUUUAUAUAUCAGCUACCCAUUUUAUUUAAAUACAUACUGUACAAUUUGGAAAAGAAUUGCUGCAAUGUUUUUUUUCUCAGCUAUAUUUGUAUGUUUGUGCAAUAGGUUUGUAUUAUUUUAGAUUCUGGACUUAGUGAAGAAUAUAUUGGUUUCGCUAUGAUGUGUAUUUUUCUUUUUUUACUUAUUUACCGUUUAAAAGGGAUCUUAUUUAAUAUACACUUUAAAAGGUACUGGGUUUGGGAACUGCAUGGGACGUACAUAAGGACCACAAUGUCUGUUCCCAUUCUGUGUUACUGUAAACUGGGAUUUGAUUCUUACCCGUUAUUUCAUAAUAUCACAAAAAGCUAUACCAAAUUUAACAAAUUAAAUUUCACAUUAUUUUUAUUUUAUUAUUAACAUUUAAUGGGACAAAUAGCCCUUUAAAUACAAUAAACAAUGAUAAAAUCAAAAAUAACAAAAAAAGACAGAGAGAAAAGAAGAAAAGAAAAAUUAAUAAAAUUGAUAAAACGUACAUUAACAAAGUAAUGUGACACAUAUAAAAUAUAAAAGUAAGUUUUAGUUUGAAAAAAUAAAGCUUUUUACCCAAAGCAUUCCCAGGAUAUGAAAAAGAAAUCAACAUUAGUAAAAAUUAGAUUACAAAGUAAAAAUGCUCUCGAAAAAAGAAUUGGUGAACAUUUCUUUUUUUUUUUUUAAAAAAAUGGUACAAAAAAAAAUUCGAAUUUUUAAUCAAGUAAUUGUUUGUACAAAUACCGAUAUUACAUAAUAAAUCAGGGCAAUCAAUAUUAUUAUUGAGAGGACGAAUAAUACGUUGGCUAGCUUACGUCUAACCACACAUGGCUGAAUAUAAAUAGGAUCCGCUAUUAAUGACAUUGAAUCUCUGGAAAUAGGUAAAUUUAAACGGAAAUCAAUUGACUUUGGGAAUUUAUAUUGAACAUUGUCAACAAGUUUAUAAGUGGAAUUUUGACCCUAUACCAAUGAACCAAAUUCCAAGUUAGACCUAGCAAGGGAGCAGUAGAGCGUUUUUAGUACAUGAACAUUUUUAAAUUCUUUAGUAUUUUUUAAUAUGAAGCCUAACAUUUUAAAUGCCAGUGUCCAGGGGAUCUGGACACUGAAAUAAUCUCAAUAAAUGCCGUCCAAAAAAGAGGAAUUUAUUAAUAGAGAUACCUAUUAAAUACAUAUGAUUUUUCAGGACCCCUCUCAGAAAAAUGUUGAAAAUCCGCUACUGUACCUAAUAUAAUGUUACUUAUUAUGAAAAUAAUUAUCCGAUGUACUACAAAAAUGCUAUCGGAAGGUAUUGCGUAUGAUCCUUUGGGUACGUUACUACAUUAUCACUAUUGAACCGGUUGUCGGGCAAUAAGCUGAACACAACUAAAGCAGGACCGUAUUACUGCUUAGGCUGAUCAGGCUACGGCGCCAAUUUUAAAGACGGCAACUAAAUAGCAUACUUAUUUUUAUGGUUUAACAUGAGAAAUAUUUAACGUGACAUUAUUUGCUCGAUUUAAAACAUAAACAAGAGCUAUUCGAAUGUUGUACCUUGCACGGUGUGAAACAAUAUUGCCAUUAUAACCUCAGGCGUAGUUAAUUAUAUAUAUAUGUUACAUGCUAAGUCCGGAAUUGUACAUUUCCCAAUUUGUACCAGGUGAUCCGUUCAAGUGGUUACACUCAUUAUCUUGGAAAAUAUUAAAAUUUUCCGGAAUUUGUUUUCUAGAGCAUUUAGGGAACAAGCUGUUCUACAAUUUUAUAUUUAUGUUAUUUUUGGGGGUAAAAUCACUACCUAUUUUUGAUUGCUAAAUGGCAAUCUAUAUUAAAAAUUCCAUAAAUAGAUCGAGUAUUAGUUAAAAUAUAUUUUAGUGAUAUAUUAGCAAUACAUUUUUGAUUUCCACCAAUCCAUUGACGAGAUAUUUCACUUUUAAGUUUUUGGUUUUAGGAAAGUAUAGCGGAAUGUCAUUUGUGAUGCGGUGGGGUGCGUGACGUGUUAAUAUUGCACCACUACUCUCCUCCAACCUAAAUUUAAAAGUGGAAUAUGUCGUUAAUGGCUUGAAAAAAUAAAAAGUUUCAGCACUAAAAUUUAUUUUAACUAAAUACUCCAUCCAUGUAUGGACUUUUUAAUAUAAGUUACCAUUCGAAAAUCAAAAGUAGGUAGUGGUUUUGUCUCCAAAAAUAAGGGUGGCAAAAAUAACAAAAAUAUACAAUUCUAGAGCUACCACCUGGUAUAUAGUUGUGGGGUUUAAUAAUUAUUUUGCAAAUUUAUCAAUGUCCAAUAGGGAGCGCUUACAUUCCGGCCAGCAACUCAUAUAUGAGUAUCCCUAAUGCCCAAAAAUCCACGGCCCUGUCGUGACCCUUGUUGAGCACCACUUCCGGGGCCACGUAUUCGGGAGUGCCGCAGAACGUCCAUGUUUUCUUGCCCCUUGGCUGUAGCUUUUUGGCAAAACCAAAGUCCACCUGCGAAAAACGCGCACAUAUUAUCGCGAUGACGUUGGUUUGGAUGCUGUUUUAGUAGGUCCUUCUCGUUAACUGACCAGUUUCACAAAGCCCUGACGGUCCAACAAAAGAUUCUCUGGCUUUAGAUCCCUGUAAACGACGUCCACGCCGUGUAAGUAAUCCAAAGCCUCCACCACGCAUGCCGCUACAAAGCACGCCGCGUUGUCGUCAAAACACCUCCGUUCCCUGAGCAACGUCCACACCUCACCGCCCAAGCACGCCUCCAUCAGCAUGUACACGUAUUUGUCGUCUUUGUACGUACGGUAAAGUCUGCAAAACAAUUGCUGAUUAUUGUAGAUAGGAGGGAUUUAUCUACAGAGUUUUAACGAAAAAGGUGUCGAUUUUUGAUAUUUUAUUUUAACUGUCCAAUAUUUCAUUCUAAGCCAUGUGUUUUUUUACGCUUUAAUUAGGUACUUAUAGCAUGAAAGAAAAAAUAUCGAUAGUUAUUUUAAGUUUUACAGGCAUGUAUACAUUUCUCUUCCACACUGUUUUGUUAAUGGGUGUUCUCAUUCUAAUUUCAGUCAGUAAGCCGUUAUUAUUAAUCAGUGAUCAUUUAUUUUCGUUUAUAAAUUUCAAAAAUUAUUUGAGAGAUAUUUAGUCAAUACUAUGUAAAUAGCCUUAAACUCGGCAAUUUAUUAGACUAUCUCAUUACUGUAAUGUUUGUAGUAAUCCGUAGCUUAAAAAAAAUUUAGGUACCAUAUCAGAUAUUUCAAAGUUAGAUAAUAUAUGUGAAAUAAUAUAUAGUCGAACUUACAUAGUACCUAGUUACAAAAAAUAGUUUUAGAUUUUGAUCGAAACGAGGAAUGUAUUGGUUUUACAAUAACCAAGGUUUUUUUUAAAUUUUUUUUUUUUAAUUUUAUGUACCAAAUUUCUACCGGAAAUCUUGCUUCGAUUUUUCACUUUUUCUAAAAGGAAAUUUUCCUGAUGUGAUAUUUUAAGGAUGUCAUUUUUUUUUUUUGACUUUCCAAGUAGUAUUCAAAAUAAUUGGGAAAAAAUGUUAGAAAAAUGUAUGAAAACAAUGUUUUUGUUGUUAUUAAUUUUGUUUUUUGUUGUUAAUCAGUUGAAAAUGUUUGUAGAGACUUGAAAUAUGAACAAAAACAUUAUAUUUGCCUUUUAUAGACGUAGUAACAAUUUCUAAAUAUUUGAGCUAUUUAUAGACGUUUAUUUUGUGAGUUUAUAUGUAAUAUUUAUUCGGUUGGUACUUUGUAGAAACAAUUGUUAGAUCAAACAGACAUUUUUGAAAAUUUAACAGAAGGUCUAUUUUAAGUUGUGCUUAGUGGCGAACAAGAAAAAGCUGAUUUUAAUGUAAUAUUUUUUAUUUGUGUAUAAGAAUAUUUUAAUAUCAAAUUUUGACGAAAAACGUAAAUAUUACGGCCUUUUAAAACAUGCAUAACCGAACUCCGCUAAGAAUCGUUUUUCGUUAACAAUAAUUAAUCAUUGCAUGUAAAAAUACAUUGAAUUCUUCUCUAUAUCCUACCUUCCCAAUUAUUAAUUUAUAACAGUGGUUCCAGUGGCGUAGUCACUCGUGGCGUAGGCCUCGUAGGCUUGGGCUUACCCAGUUUUCUCCGAAAAUUAAUACAAUUGUAAAAUCAACAAUUUGUAUUAGUAGUGUUUCCUAUUCAAACAUUUAUAUUAUUUUAUCUGGCCUACCUAGAAAAAUAUUCCUAGGUACGACUCCGAGUGGCCCACCUAUCGUGCGAAAUGCAUCGGUCUUUUAUUUGUAUUUUUUUUUUGUGCUUUUAUUGAUUAACCUUGCAGCAGGAAUUUAUAGAUUUUUCGUUUAAUCUGGCGUGCAAAGAUAUAUCGUAUAAAAGUACUUACUUGCUGAUAAAAGGACUCGUACAGGAUUCUAGUAUGUUUUUCUCGUUGUACACGUGUUCCUGUUGUUGCAUGUCAACGAUUUGUUGUUUUUUGAGUUUUUUCAUUGCGUACGAUCGAUUUCUGUCCAGCUUCAAACACACUAGAUCGACACGGCCGAAGCCACCCACGCCGAUCGUGGCGAUUGUCUCCAAGUCGGUCAACUCCACGCGAAAUAGCUCCGGGUAAAAUAUUUCUAGAACAAGACACGCACAUCAGUAACGGUAUUAUAUUUGACGCGAUGAAUACGUUACACGCGUAUUAUGACGUGUAUAAUAUAUAUAUAUAUAUAUAGGUCACCUACUUUCUGUCGAUGCUUGGACCGACGGUUUUCGCGGGUGUUCCGUGUAUUUUUUGUUCUUUAACUCCUCCAGGUUGCCGAUAAAGUGCACGAAAGGCCUGCAAUAACGAAAGUAAGUCCGUAAGUUUCUCCAAUGCGCGGUUUCGGCCGUGCACGGUUUUUACGUCGAUCACCGUAAAUCUUGGGCUAGUCGCCUAAAAACUAUCACCGAGAAACGCCCACCCCAGUAGCAGUUUAUACGAUUCUGUUAAUUAGUAUACAAUGAAGGGUUUUAAUUUAAGACCUAACGCGUGCCUAUACAGUAUACACGUAUUUACUGCACGAUUGUGUCAAAUAUAGGUCGUACCUAAUAACAUUACCUAUUACAAUUGGUACCAAUAUAGGUAAUUGUUUGUACUAAAAUAAACUGGUACAACUAAUUAAUAAUAAUAAAUGCCGAAAUAACGUUUAUAGUGAAUAUUACGGUGUAUGGACGUAAUAAUAAUAUAUUUUACAGUAAAAACAAAAGGUUAAUAAUACUCUCUGUCUAGUGUCAGGCAUUCCGCUCCCGGGUGCAUGGCGACGACGUUGGCAGUUCUCUUGUCUUUUUUCAUCAGUGCCACUUCUCCGAAAAAUUCUCCUUGUUCCAACACGCCAAAUUCUUCUUCUUCGUCUUCCCCUGAAAACCGUAAUUUUUCUUUUGCGUAAAUUAUACUGUGUAAUAUGAUAAUAUUAUAUUGUGCUGAUUUGUUGUCGUGAUUUUCUCGAAUGUAUUUUUAUCAAACUGCACAAACUUCACGGGAAAGCAAUUCAAUAUUUUCAUAAUUUGGUUAUGUGCAUUAAUAAUUUAAAGCAAGUUCAAAAAAAAAAGAAGAAAUAUUCGUAUCUAUUCAAAAAUUCAAAGUACAAGACAUUGUUUUUUGUUAGGCAAGUAGAUAAGUACAUAAUAUAUCAUAACAAUUAAUUUUUUUUUUAUUUUCUUUACGCUUCCAGUCAUCGCUCACCUCACCAUAUCAUGGAAAAUUUUUGAAGGUAAGUGGAAGAGACCCUCGAGCAUUUAUGAGGGAAGAUGAGGGAGAUAUACGAAGGCUAAUCCAAACGUAUCGAGACUGAUAAUAUUAAUCGGAAACCGGGCGUUGAAGAGCAAAAAGAUUUGUAACCCUGGCUUCUAUGACUUCUACUAAGCACAUCUAUUUUUGUAGAAUCUCUAUACAUUUCUUCGUUUUGAUUUGACAAUAUUUUUCUAAAAAUUUUUUUUCAUGUUUGGUGAUUUUAUAAUGAAUCCAAAAAAAGCGAGACUUGCUGUCAUUCGACGGCGCAUUUGAAGUUUUUCAAUUGAAAUUUAUUGGCGAAAACCAUGAAAUAUUGCAUUUCUCUGAAAUUGAAAAAAAAAAAAAUGCAGGCAAAUUUUCUAAAAUCUCCAAAACUGUCAAGUCGGCUCUUCUUUGGAUUUAUAACAAAAUCGCCAAACUCGAAAAAAAUAUUUAAAAAAAAUAUCGGUGAAAUAAAACCGAAGAAGGUUAUAGAGAAUCAAUAAAAACAAAUAUACUCAGAAAAAGUCAUAGAAGCAAGUGAAACCAAUCCUAUACUGCUCUAUGAUGUUAUGUUUCCCAGUGAUACUACCAGUCUCGUCCUAAAAAUACGAAACUGGUUGAGGAGACAAAACAAUUUCAUUUGUACGUUUGGAUUUUUAUAAAAAAAAAAAAAAACUUGUUUAGAUAAAACAUAUAUAUACAUAAUAAAAUAUUAUAUAACAAUCAUUAUUGUAGCCUUUAGCGGGUUUAAUAAUUAAAUAUUUACUACAAAACGGUAAUUAUAUUUAUUUGUAAAAGACACAUUAAUUUUAACUAAACAUAUAUUUUAUAUUCAUAAAAUACUCACCAAUCUAAUAUUAAUAUUUGUAUUUGUUAAUAAUGUAUUCUAUGUUUUUGAUUAUCUACCUACCUAUAUUUAUAAAAAAUAAUAUACAGCUAGGUAGGUAAAUAGGUUAAAUAGGGUGAAUAAGUUAUAAUGUGAUAGAUAUUCGGUUAAUCAGUUCAUUGAAAAAUGUAAAAAAUCGCAAAACGCAACGUACUGUUAGAGAUAUUUUGUAUAUUUGUAUAAUCCGGGUUCAACCGAAGUUCGUUUUAAACAUUUCAAACAACGGAAACCGUGUAAAAUAUUCCAACUCCCGUCAUUGUCAUUUCGACGCGAUGCGCGCAAUUUAUUGUUACACUACUUGCCUUUAUUGGUUUUUGUGACUUUUACUCGGCCCUCGCUAAGUAUAUAGAACUUGUCGCCCAAAGUGUCUUGCUUUAUGAUGUAGUGCCCUUCCGGAUAAAAUUCCUGAAAUGGGUUCAGUUUUAUGAGAAAACUACGGUCAUUAAUUAAGACUAAUCAAUGGCCAGCCAUUGUGCACGUGGCAUGUAUUGUGCGUGUGUGUGUGUGUGUGUAUGUAAACUGUAGGUAUACGUAUACUAAAAUGGUAUACGCGUUUUGAGAACUUUCAAAUACGUCAAACGCGGCGGGUUUGAUAUAAAAUGCAUUGUGCAUUGGCAAAAGUUGUACGCUAAAAGGUCAUUAGUCAUUCUCAUUACAGUGUUUCCUUUUGUUAAGGCGCUAGCAAAUCUCAAAGUUUGUUUUAUUCAUAAUUAUAUUAUAUCCGUAUCAACUGUUGUACACUUAUUAUUAUUAUGUAAUGGGCACAUGAAAUAAUUUUCAUUAGGUACCCACCUAUAUCCAAUGAGGUUUUUUCCAAGUAAUAUUUAUAGUGAUUUUAUAAACGAGAGUCGUUCAAUUACGGUUGAAAAAAAUGUUUGUAUAGGUACCUAGGUUUAAAAAUAAUAUAUAUAUAUAUAUAUAUAUAUAUAUACAUAACACGUAAGUCAGCUAUUUUAUUGCGUGGACAUCAAAUAAAUCUUCGAGUACCUACCCACUUUUCGUCUCUCAUAAUGCGUGUAUAGUAUACAUACACUGUAUACAUAAUACUAAAAUAUUUAUGCGGGUAUGUAUGUAUGUAUGUAUGUAUGUAUGUAUGUAUGCAUGUAUGCAUGUAAGUGUACACAGCAUGUUUGUAUUUUACCUAGUAAGGCUUUGGUCAGGGGAAGAUAACACGUGUCUAAAGCGUCGUAAUGUCCAUAUUUCAGCGAUAAAAAGGUUAAAAUCUAAGUAAUUCAAAUUCUCGUUGAACAAAUACUUAAUAGUACGAGGUAUACAGGUAUAAUUUGUUGGUUUACAUUUAAUUGUGGAAUGCACAUUUUUUUAUUUCGAAAAACUACAAUUGAAUAAUUGAAUCGUUAAACGUUUUGGCGGUACACAAUUUUAACACGGCGUCUAUAUAGACGGCCGUCAUUCGGCCGUAGAUUGCAUUGUUAUCCGAAAAGGCUAAAAACUCUAAAAUAUUAACAAGUAAUUAUAGAAAACCGAGCAAUGCGAUCAAUCCAUCGACGGGUCGUGGUGUGGUUAAAAAUAUAUUUUAUUAAAAAUUUAAUUUUCCGAGCGCAUGUACACGGGAUUUGCAAAUUAAUUUCUAUUGUUAGCGUAAUGGAGGUGUCCGCCUGAACAUAAUAUGUAUUAUUUAUUCGUGAAAACCUUCUCUAAGCAUAAAUAUAUAUCAGAAAUUAAUAGCACCGCUAUUUGUUCCUAUUCUGUGGUAAAGCAUACAAUACAAAUUACAGAAUUGACAUUUCGGAAAUUUGAUCAUGGGGAUGUAUUAUAUUGGUAUGCCGGUCAACGGUCAAUUUUCCACGCGAUCAGGAGAGGUCAAUCGGGAGCAUGUUUCCAUAAAUCUGCCAGAUUUCAUUGUGAAGAUUUUGAGGGUUUGGAUUUCGAAUUGAAAGCAGAAAUAAAUUUGUGGAAAAAUAAAUGGGCGAAAAUGCAAAACAAUCCAAAAAUUACAGUUGAAGCAUUGGAACAUUGCGGUGAAUUUUUACCCAACAUCAAAAUACUUUUUACCAGGUUACUAGAUUCAACAGCCAAAGUGGAGAGAUUUUUCUCAACUUUAAAAAUGUUAAAAGAUCCACUGUGUCUGAAGUACGUCUAAACGGUUUGGCCAUGUUAAAUACACAUAAAUAUACAGUGAUAGAUAUUAACCAAGUUAUUGCUACAUUUGUGUGAAAAAAAGAGAUGGAUGGGUUAGAAGAUUGGUCAAAAUGAUCCAACAAUUUUCAUUGAUUUUUCGUUCAUAAACUAUAAUGAAUAUGUGGUAGGAUUUUAAUUUUUCGUUUAAACAUUUAUUUUAUUAUUAUUACAGAGAACAUUAUUUUUUUUUAAAAUAUAGGAAUUUGUUAUAGAUGUGUGUUUUUAAAGUUUCCACUUAUGUUUAUCUUUUUGAAUAUUAAGUACAUUGAUUUUUUAGGAUUAAAAAAAAGGUCAUACUAUCAGGAUGGAUUAUACAGAAUACGAUACCCUAACAUACACUAUUUCACAAUAGCAUUCUCCAUACAAAUAUCCUUGAUCCGCCACUGGUUGUAUGAAUGUGAGGGAAUCGCUUGGAAUUUCGAAAAAUGUCACUAAUAAAUAACCAUCACCUCAUCCUUUAAGAUACCGUAUGUAUGAAUAAUGUAAUUAGCAUUUUUAUUUUAAUGUAUCUAGCAUCUAGUAUCUAUUUAAAUACAUAAAAUAUAUGUAUUUUGAGUAUCUUACAUAGCAAUACUUUUUAUAAAAGUAUACAUUAUCUUGUAAAUAUCUAGCUACUUAUAAUCAAUGUGUGUAGUAUCGUGUAUCAAUAGAUCCUCAUUUUUAAGUAUUAUGCCGCUAAUCAAAUGAUAUUCCAUUACUCUCCCCCAACCCAAACUUAAAAAUGGAAUAUCUCGUCAAUGGAUAGACGGAAAUCAAAAAUUUCAACACCGAAAUAUUUAUUAACUAAUACUACAUCUAUUAAUGGAAUUUUGUUUGUAGGUUGCCAUUUGAAAACCAAAAGUAGGUAUUCGUUUCACAUCCAAAAAUAAGGAUGAUAAAAAAAAUUAAUAAUUUAACAUUUAAUUAAUUAACAUUAAUAAAUUUAACAUUUUGGAACUAUUUGUUUCUUAAGUUUUCAAAAAAAAAAAAAAAAAAUAAUAAUAAACAAAAAAUGCAUACUUUCCGAGAUAACGUGUGUCUAUGAUAGAUUGAUCAUCCUGUAUAUCAACGACCAUAGGGAUAGCCAGAUAUAUUUUUUUUUGAGGGAUUUUAUAGGGAGAGAACUAGUGAAAUUUGUUGAUGAGCAAAAUAAAAAAAAAAUAAAUUCCAACCUACUAGUGGUAAAUUCACUCUGGAUCCGGCCUUGCAUAUCAUCCAUUCAUAAUAUCAUCCUCGCAUACAUUAGCUAUUUUCUUAUCAUCUCAAUCGCGUUCAACCACCUCUUUUUCGGUCUUUUUCUUCCCCUCUUUCUUUCUAUAUUUAUUUUCAUUGAAAUUUUUAGUGCUUCUCCUUAUCUCAUGACAUAUCUAAACUGUCUAAGUCUAUAUUUUCUCUCAAGUUGCCCUUUAUCGAAUCGACGUCUAUGCUACUUAUAUGUACUCGUUCCUUAUCCUAUCUUAUCUUGUCGGAAAUGGGACGUUAGGUCCGUUAGGGACGAUGCUCAACACUUUGACCAUACAACAUAGUCGGUCUUAUCAAACUUUUUAUACAUGAUAUUAUCUAUACAUUAAUAAUAAUAAUAAUAAUAAUAAAAAAAGUAAAUAACAAUAAUUGUUAAACUAUUAGCAUCAUCCACAUCCUUAUGACAAAAAAAAAUUUGUCAUCUUUUGCACGUAACGUACCUCUUUUAAAACGUCGGCGAUUUUCGAUAAAAACUCUUCAUUGAGAUCCUUCAUUAAUGGUACGCUUUUCAGAAAUCCCACUCGUUCAUCAAACCUUCUCAUAGCGGAAGUCUUCAUGAUUUGUUGAUAAGCAACCCUUUCUAGUGUCCAAACUCUGACAUCCUGAACGGCUAACAACAAAAAAAAAAAUAGAUAAUAAUAAUAAUAAUAACAGUACAAAUAUAUUAUAUAGUAUAAGGUAAUAUAAUCCAUAAAGAUAAUUUUGGAUUUGCGCACACCUUUUACCGACGCAGUCCGCGGACAAUUGUAAAGUAUGGCCAGUUCGCCAAACACUUCACCCGGCCCGAUAUAAUCAACCACUCGGCCGCUUUGUAUCACUUCGAAUUUCCCUUCAUCGGCCACGUACAAACAAGAACCUGAAGUUACAGCAUAUUAUACAAACUAUACAUUUGUACAAAUUAUAAUUAUAACAAGUGACUGAUAUCUUCUUUUUUUUAACAUCGAUACACCUUUUCCCCUAAUAAUUGGUCGGGAUAGGUGCGUGUAAAAAGAUAGGGGGUUAGGGGUUUAAUCCCCCCUCAAAAUUUCAUGAAAAUUGUGACGAGUGCAGCUAAAGUUAUAGGUAAUUUAAUGUAUAUCUGUAAGCGAUUCUGAGCUGAGUUCGGUUGAUAGUAUUGCUUUGUUAAUAAUAUAAUGUCAUAUUAGGGUAAAAUAAUGAUAAUUACAUGUAUAUUAUGUAUUUCCGUUAAUAAUAUUUGUUUAAUAUUGUAAUUGUUUUCUCAUUUUUUCCGGUUUUUAACAUUUACUGAUAAACACCAUUUUAAAACUAAUACGUUCCUCUCUCCACUCAGAAUCUAAAAUUAAUAUUAUAAAACAUUGACAAUUUUAAUGAAAAAUAAAUAAUUUUACAAUAAUUAAAAAUUAUGUUAACUUUUUUGUUAUAUUAUUACGAAAGUGUACAACCUUAAACCCCCUUUGAAAUAUUUUUUUGUAAACGCACCUGGGUUCAGAUUCAGAGCGUGGGCGUUUUAUAUAUUUUUUUUACUUCUCUAAAUAUUGUGCCCAGAAGUAUCAUUGCAAUAUUAUUUGUUUGGUUAUAGCUUGAAGGGCAUAUUUAUAAAACAUAAUAUAAUGCACAACAUAAAUUAGUAAAUUAUAUACCAAUAUAUAUUUAUAAAUUAUAGGAUUUGGCCAUUUUAAUAUUUUUUUUUUUUUUUGAUUCUAUAUAUAAUCUAAAAUGUUGUAUAAUGGUGAGGUUAGGUUACUUCUUUUGAGUUUCAAAUAGAGUCUUUUGCAUCGUGUGGUCUGAUAUAGAAUAAUAUGUUCUCGAGUUAGCUAGGAUACUAAUUGCUAAGUCUCGAGAACUAGAGUUAUUUUGUAGACGGAUUGCAGUGUCUAUCUCCAUUGGAGAAAUCCAGGGGGGGCGUACACGUAUUUUUUUAGUGACUUUUUUCACUUUCAACCCUCGUCCCACCGGUCUCAAAAUUUUUUUUGUAAGUAUUAUAUAGUUAUAAUAUAAUAUAAUAUGGUAAUAUUAUCAUAUUCUGCAGGUUGUGCAUUGUUUUACAAAGAAUGUGUCUACAAUACAAACUGGGUCGGGUAAAAUUUAACUCUAUAGUGACAGAGCUUUGAUGUAUUUUUUCAUAAAAUCACUUUCAAGUCUGUAAUGUAUUUUACAAAAAGUCAAGGGGGAAUUCCCGCUUACCCUAUUCCGGGUAUUAUAUGAUAUUAUAACAAAAAAGUGUGCGGCUCACCCGGAUCGCCUUUCCUGAUAACGUACGCUCCACCUUCGAUGUCUUUCGGGAACAUUACGUCUACUAUUUCGGAAAUCUGGGCGGUGUUGAGGUUCUUCAGAAACGGAUUCUUGCACAGCGCCUGUUUGAUUAGGUGUUUGGUCCUGAAAUGCGCCAUUUAAUAUUACCACGUCCUCGCGUAUAUUUGCGAACGUCGUUGGUUGGCGUAGCGCAUCGUACCUGAUGGGUUUUGACUGUUUAGGAAACGCGACCGGCACAACUUCCGUUAGAGCAGUGGAACAUUCUCCCGACACUCCUUUCUUUUUGUUUUGCAACUGCACCGACGGCGGUCCCAGAGCGAAAUUUUGAUUCAAAACCGAGGACUCUAUCACGUUCUACGUAAAACAAAAUUUGGGCCAAUUGAAGGGCAACAUAUAGUAGGGUGGGCGCAGUCACGCGGUCACGACAGGAGAGUAGCCGGUCCGCCACCCCCCUCCUUGGACCCUCCCCUAUAUUAUAAUUUCCUUUGUUAUACGAAAAUUCAAUCAGGAAUUCAAUUUAUUAAUGUCUAAUGGGUAAUAACCCCCCACCCCCCCCCAGUUGUUGUUUUAGACAUAAUUAUGAUAUAAUCGCAGUAUUCACUGUUUCAAAAUAAUAUUUUACGAAUUAAAUAUUAUUGUCGCAACGAAACUGUCACCCGUAUACAAUAUUAUGCUAUAGUACGCGACAAACGCGUAGGUGUAAUACGGACGAAAAUACCAACGAUACUUCGAAAAAUCGAAUUCAAACUUCAAGACGGACGGGUGGACCGGAGGUUUUCAGGGCUCGCCACGGCCCGCACAGAACCGCCGCCACUGCCAUCGGUCGUAUCGCCGGAAGCACGGCGUAAUAUCGCGUAAUAUCGCGCGUACGGUUUCAUACAGCGAUAAUGACGUUUAGUGGCGUCAUUUUCGUACGUUACAGUACUAUUACAAUGGUUGUGCGUAACGCACGUUAUCGCUCGGAACCCGGUAAUAAUGUAAUCGGGAGUUUAAAAGCGGGUCGACAGCAGGCGUACAGCGUCCAAUACAGGAAGUGCACUUUGUGUCGCGGUAAUCGCAGUUGUAGUGACGGACAUUGGGACGCGGACAAAAGAAUACAACUUUACAUUAUUUCUAUUACCGCGCGAGUACAAUGACACACGUACACAACGAUAAUAUUAUCGUAAGUACAGUUACGUCUCUCGGCCGGGGCUUGUAACUCGGUUUUUUAUUCCUUCCCCGAAAUUCUGGUUGAAACUCUACCAUAUUUACUAAUAUAUUUCCCAGACAAAAACAUUUUAUUAUUUUUUCAAAUAUUGAUUUAUACUGGCUUAAAUUAAUUUAUCGAGGGCCUACAAUAAUUUGACACGCGAACAACGACGUGAUCUAAGUGUCGAUCUCAUUGGUAUUAUUGUUAUUUUUUUUUUUUACAGGGUUUGAAACAUUUUGAAACUAAAUUAGGGAUGUUAAAUAUAAAUACAAAUUUAAACGUUUUCGAUUAAACCGAUUCGAACCGAACCGAUGACCAAAAGCAUAAUUGGUUACACGCUGUUAUUACUCGCGGAAUACCAUGUCAGAGAUACGUUUAUAAAUAUUGAAAACUAGGAUACUGUACAUACGCGUAACGACUGAAUAAUAUUUUGUUCAUUAUGGAAUUGAUUAAAUGGAUUGGCCAUGCCGGCACUCCAUAGAGAUGUAUACCGAUCGACCCAACUAGAGGACCGAAUGAUGAAAUGGCUCUGAAGCCAAGAAGAGUAGAUCUGUUAUUGUUAAAUUUAUUUGUUAUGAACAUCUAUGGAAACCUAUGAAUAUCUGUCUACCGAUUAUUCUAUUAGUGUCGUUUAUUUUUAAAUGUAAGACAUAUUAUUGUGUACUUCGAGUGAUGACGUUUAUUUUUCUUCUAAUCCCUAUCUGAAAAUAAAUCUUGGAUUACAAGUCCGUACCACUCCCCUACUCUUCCCCCCGUUCCGUACAAUUUUCAACAGUUAUCCAAUCCACUCCCCGUCCUCACAGACCUAGCCCGAAAUACGCCGCUGCAUCAUCCGACACUUGUAUUGUGUUCGCAGCAUAUGGGUAUAAUACUAUACCCCCGAUUUGUAUAAUGUAUCGCGAACAAAAAAAAAAAAAAAAAAAAAAAAUAUAUCGUAAUAUUAUUACGGGCACUCACGCGAAUUUCGUCGACGUUCCGACCCAGCCGUUCGAUCGCCCGAUCCCUUUCGUCCAUGGCCGCUUUCAGGCGCUCUACUUCCCGGGCCAGUUCGUCCAUGGAGACGACGGCGGCUUUCUUCGGGUCCGCUAUUACGCCGCUUGCGGACGCUUUGCCGCGGCCGCCACUACCGCCGCUACUAGCCGUAGCACUGGAAAACGCGUUGCCCAUGAACAACAGCAGCACGUGGCACAUUUCCUCGGGGAGCGCGCUCUCUCUCUCUCUCUCUCUCACUCUUUCAGUCCCCGUAUCACGUACCCGCGUCACCGGUUCCCCUGCUGCCCGCGACCAAAAUUCCGCAAAAGUGUUCCGUCCGCAGUAACUCCGCGCCGCCGCCGCCACCACUGCCGUUGCGUUAUAACUCACGAGUUACGUCAGUUACGGUACAAUACCGUGUGGUGCCGGUCGCAUGCGGGCGCCGCGAAUGCCGCCCGUCUGCGGCGCGCCGUACCCGCCGCCACCGCUGCACACGUAUAAUUAUUAUUAUAUCGCCGCCGUGUAUAAUAUCCUUAUCGUCCCCUAUACACAAUAUUAUAUUAUAAUACGUGCACGCCGCCGCGUUUUAUUGGGUCACGGACCGCCUACGAACACGAUACGUACUGUAAGCGUAUAGGUACCGUACACUAUUGUACGUAUACACACACAUACACAUGUAUACGUGUACAGGGUGUUUGUAAAACGAAUGGGUACCGUCCGAUUGCAAAAUCUUACUCGGCGAAGGGGGCGAUCCAAUGACGAGAUAUUUUACUUUUUUUACAUUUUUUCCGUACGCCCAAAACUCGGGCCUUUUCCCCUUUCAACUGCUUGGAAUAUUCGCAUACAUUUUUAAAAAUACACACACACACACAUAUAUAUAUAUAUAUUCCACUGAAUUCGUGCAUAAACACCAUGGUAUAGUUUAUUAAUCGACAAUAUUGAUAUACAAUGAUUAAUAACGACAAUGAGUAAAAUAUUAUCGAAAACAAAAUAUAAAUAAUAAUGUUUGCAAAGUAAUCUAACCGUGUUGACGGUCGACCAAUCAGGUAUACUGGACGGCGAUACACAAACCACGCACGGUGAUAUUUUCUGUAAAAUUCUCGUACAAAUAUAGAUGACGUGUUUCGUCAUUUUUUUUUCCAUUCUGGUGACUAGAAUAAAGGUUCAAAAACUGUGUAAAAAUAAUGUGACACCUUAGAUUAAAAAGGGAAGAUUACUUCUCUAACCCCAUCCUUUCCUCUUUCCUACGCUCCUGAUUAUUCGUACAAGUCGAUUGUACUCGUGACUGCGGUAUGAAUUUAAGAAGCACGCUGUAUACAGUUAUAGGUGCUACAUUUUAAUGCGUUAGAAAAACGUACUAAUAUUAGACUAUCAUAUACAUGUAGACGAAUAAGUAAUUUUUUUUUGGUUUUGUAAUAUUUGUACGCGAUAAAAUGUUUUCCGCCCGAUCGUCUUUCCUUUUCGGCCACCACCGUGGUCGAAACUACGUGUCCGUCGUUCGUGAGGCUUUUGCGCACUGCCGUGCGACAUUUAGGUUUGUGCAUUUUAUACAACGGCCGUCGUUCAUAAAAUUACAUUAAACGAGUAUAACGAUACUGUACGAUACCAGUGGCGUUCUCAAAGGGAUUGAUGCGGGUGAUAUAUCACCUUCCAAAGAGGUCUAGAACCCGGGAGUUUUUUUUUUCUGUUUUGCAAAAACUUGUUACACGCAGUACCUAUGGCAUAACGCGAAAUAUCAAGUGUGAAACAUGUCGCCUUUAUUGGUUAUUGCUAAUUGUUUAUUAUUAAAAGGACGUCACAUCUACGGUAUCGGUCCAUUUAUCGAGCAACGUUUAAAAACACGCAGACUGUAUAUAAAACCAGCUUAAUUUAGAGUUAAAGUACUUAUUAUGAAAUGUAUAGAAAAUAAUAUUUUGAAGGAAGCCUCAUCGAGUUUUUGUGUUAUUCUAAAUAAUAUACAGCUUGAUAUAAAAAAAAGGCACACAAACGUUUUUUUUUUGUUUUUAUUUUUUUUAAAUAACUAUAAUGUUUUUAAUAGUUUAAAUUAAAAAAAAUUACCUAUGCAAUUCUCUCCAAAAUAUUGUUUUAUAUAAAUUUCAUAAUAGGUACUUUUACUAUAAAUACAAAAUUAAGCUAGUUUUACUUAGUCUGCGUAAAUAUUGUUUUUGCACGUUGCCCGGUAGUCGGACCGAGAUAGAUGCGAGUAUGGGCGUCCUCUAUAAAUGUUAAUCAAAUUGCGUGGUAUAUUAUAUUGAAAAUUACGAUUUUUCCUUGAUAUUUUCGAUAAAUGUUCAUAUCACCCCCCUCUCCCUACAGAAACGUCCUAGUUAUGCUACUGGUGUAUCCUUUAGAAAAAAACCUAUUAGAAAACUACUAAUAUUUCUCAAAUAGUCAUUUCGGAAAAACUAUUAGACAUUUUAAUAAUUUACUACUAAACAAAUUUUAAUAGUUUCACUACUAGAUUUUAAUAGUUUAUACUAAAAUAUGAGAAAAAAAUGCAAACAAUUUGAAUUUCAUUUUUGUCGCCACCUGGAAUUGAACACAAGCCUAAGUUAACCUAACGCUUCAUUCACUACCCUACUUACCUAAUUGUUGAAUAAUUGAAUUUUAUGACUAUAUAAGUUAUUAAGUCAAUUUCAAAAUAUUGUAUACCUAUUUAUAGUGACAUCUCGAAAUUGCAGAAUUGUUGGGAAUUUCAACUUCUCUGAAUAGUGGACACCAGUGCCAGGGAGAGGUGGGGAGCGAGAAGGAGUGGGAGGACGUACCCCUUCUUUUUGUUUUUUGGUUAUUUUGGUGUAUUUUGUAUCGUAAUAUAAAAUAGCAGUUUAUAUAAUAAUGAUAAGUGACCCCCUCUCAAAAAAAAUAAAAAAAUUUACUACCGUACACCGACGAAUAAUGGACAAAGUUUUAGUGAUCUCGAGGGUCUGAAUGUUUAAACAGUUUACAUUUACUAGUAUUUGAUUCAGCAAGAGGAGAAGUAUGUCUGUAGGGGUGAGGUGGGGUUAAUUUCAAAAUAUUAUAUAAAUACUGUAGUAUGACACCUCGGAAUCACGUUUUUUAAAGAACUUUGUACUCCAAACUGAACUUAUUAAAGCUGACAUUAUAGUACGAUAUUCAGAAUUUCAGAAGGUACUAGGGGCCCGAGCCCCCCCGGUAUUUUUAGUUAAAUUGGUUAUUUCGGUUUUUAAUAGUUCUAAAAAAUAGUAAGUUAUGAAUGGCAGCGGCGGGUGGUGGCGAGGUAUACCAACAUAGAUAAGUUUAAAUUUCACUAAUAUAUAACUACUCACUGUAAUAGUUAAUAGGUUAUUAGAUGAUAGUUCACUACUAAAAAACUACUUAUUACAAUAGUUAGCUAUUAAAUACUAAUAGUUUUUUUUACUAAGGGACACCGUAAUUAUUAUUCGAUAUCGGGCGUCACGAAGUCUAGUCAGCCAAGUAUAAUCACCUAGUUGUCCGUAAACGUAUUAUCAUAAUAUAUAAUACAAUAAUUGCGGGCGAUGGCAUGGUCGUUUUUUUUUUUUAAUGAUUAUUUUAUUGAAUUUCGCGGGAUAACGCGAUGUUCGAAUCCGAGGGCGAGCUUAGGAGCGUGUAGGGAAAGUAGGGAGACGGGGGAGGUGAGCGUGAGGGCGACUGAAAAAAACCUCAUGGCCGCCAUCAACAACGGCUAUUGUUAUUCGCGUCCGGGGUCGUUAAAUUAUCGCGAUGUUAUAUUAUUAUUAUUAUAUUAUCGACGACCGCGACGAGGCGCCAUACGCGUUUUCUAUUCAAUUCGAACGUUCGUUUUAACCGUGAAGGGGAGGAAGGGAGGAGGGGCAACUAUGAUUUUGGGACAUUUUCCUACGACGCGUUCUACUGCAGUAUCUGUACGGGUAUAGGUACCGUAAGAACACCAUCUGCAUAAUAUCAAAACCGUUUUGAAAUAAGAGAAUCUAAAAAAAACCCCUAAAACGAAAAUGUUAUUAUAUCGAUGGUGACAUGGAAAAAGGGUCUAAGCGACACGGCUGCACUGUUGGAUGGAGAAAUACGUGUUUCGUCCAUUGCGUGUGCGCAAAAACAACUGUGACCAUUGUGUAACGAACAAUUUGAAUUUUAAGUUUGCGAUAUAAACGAUACUUUUUAUUUUGUCUUCUCAAUUAUAGGGUCUAAUCGAAAAUAAAAGCUUAAUAAACUAUUCGUGUUCAUAUUAAGGACGUACAAACAAAAAUAAAGUAUUCAAUGAAAAAAUUCCCUAUUCCAACCGAAAAAAAGUUAUUACCAAUCUUAAAAAUAAACGUUGAAAUCAUAAAGAAAAGUGUUUUGUCUCUCUUGAAAACUAUGAAUUUUGUCGCUUAGACCCUUUUGUCACCAUCAAUAUUUUAAACGUUGGCAACAAGGGAAAAAUUUGACUAAUAGUACUUUCCUCAGAAUCGUUUUUUGUUAACAAUGGUUUAACUUUGUGUAUACAGAUUUAAAUAAAUUUAUUCUGUAAAACCCUGUCCAUAUUCUUACCCCGAUAUCAUUAUCGGCUUUUUUUUCGUUUAUUUGUAUUGUAUAUAUAAUAUGUAUUCAGUAAAACAAAGCAGAAACGACAGUAAGUUAUUUUAUAUUAUCUAGCUUUGUUUUACAUCAGAAUACAUAUUAUCAUAAAUAAAUUGUAUACACGUGGAUUUUAUUCGACAUAAAAACCUGUAUCCUGUAAAAGCCCUCCCUCAUUUGUACUAUUCUAGCUUUUUUUAUAUAUCCCUUAUUUAAACCGAUUUUCGAAGAGACAAAAAAUGUACACCUACCUACUGUUUUAAAAUUUAAGUUAAAUUGUUUUAUACUGCUUACAGGUUAUUCUAGAGUCUAGAAAAAAAAAUCAAUAAUAUUGUAUGUUUUAUCAGUUUUCUAUUUUAAAGGUAUACAAUUUUAAAAUUAUCUCGUCUUGAGAAGACCGAUCAAUACGGUAUAAGCGUUUAUUGCUUACAAUUAAUAAAAUACCCUUGCGAUAAUGGCGAGAGCUUGCAGCAGCGGUGAUGUCAAAACUUACCGUUAAUGUGUAAGAGGUAUCCAAAGACGAUUUAAUGAAACUAAUGGCUUGCGGUAUAUGACCCCGGAUUAAGACUGCGUGAUUAUUUUUUUCUUCCAAUAAUCGAUUAUUUAAAUAUUUUUUCGAUUAUAAUCAAUUAAUUGAAUAACCAAAAGAUCGAUUAAUCAAAUAGUUGAAUAAUCGAUUAUUAGUUUAUAAACAGAACAAUCGUAUUAUAAUCGAUAAUGAAUACUACAAUGAAAACCGUAUGAUCGAGUGACAUAAUAAUCGUGUAAUCGAAUAAUUAUUUUAUCUUAAGAAUAAAACGUACGCCCAAGAUAAUUAUUUGAUUAUUAUUAUAAUUAUUUACCAACUUGGGUUGAAUUAACUAGUAAUGUAGUGAUGGGAAUAAUUGAAUAAUUUCGAGUCAACAAAAUACAGUUACACUAACUGACAUAUUUGUCAAAAUUAAAUUAAUCGAAUCACUCAAAUAAAUUGCCAAUAAAAAUGUAUCAAGAACUAUAAAACUACAUAGGUAAUUGUCAUUUAAUCGUAUAUAUCAUUGUAGUAAAAACAACUACUGCCGGAAAUAAAAAUAAUAAGCAUACACAAAAAUAUUAAAUAAUAACAAACCAUAUGGAUGUUAACUUUUUUGCAUUUAUAUUUAUAUUUUUAAUGUUUACUUUAAUUGACUGUUACAUUAAAAAGCAAUUUUACGCCACUAAUUGAUUAAUAUUCCAUUAUUUAUUUAACCAUAUUUUUAUUUCGAUUAUCAUUCAAUUAUUCGAUUUUUUUUUAUUAUUCAUAUCAUUACAAUAUUAAUCUAUAUUAUUAAUUUGACGGGUAAAAAGUUAUUUUUAAAAUCGAUACACGAUAUAAAUCAAAAAAAAAAAAAAAUGUUUUAAUUAAAAUUGAGGAACUAACAAAUACUAAUGUAGAAGUAAAAAAAUUGGGUAAUUUUUGUUCUGAUAAUUUUGACGAAAAAUUGCAAUAGGCUUUUUUAAAUUUUUGAAGAUCACGAAAAAAGAUUAAAUUCAAUUGAAACUUUGGAUUCUAAUGAUCAUCUAAUGGGAUCAUACUCAUCCCGAGUAUGAUUUAAAUAAAUUACAGUGUAAAAUGUACAUACCAAUAAUUUAAGUCAAUACGAUUGAAAGAUGUGCAAUCUGCAUAUGUGAAUAAGUGAAUAAUUGAUUAUCUUCACAAAAAAAUACCGAAUUUAACUUCAUUUUAAUAAUAACAAACAAAAUUUAAUUCAUUGGCUUACGAAUACUAGUAGAAUGACAGAGUAUUAACAAUUUAAUAUCAAAUGCAUGGGUAAAUAAUAAUCAAGUUUNAGCGACUUCGAAAUAUGUGUUUAUCUAAAUUAUAUUUUUACCACAACCAUUUAAUAACAUAUAAAUCAAUAUUAUGAUGUAAGAUAUUGGAAAAACAAUUUCUUUUUUUUUAGCUUAUAUAGUUUAGUGGCACCUUAAUAUUCAUACACACAUUAAAAUAUGUCGUUUAUGUCAAAGAUUUAUUUCUGUCUUAGAAUAAUAUCUAAUUUUGUCGGUUUUCAUUUCAACUUAUCAAUGACGUCUUAAAAGCACAGACAACAUGGCCAAUCCAUUUAAUCUAUCCUGUGAAAAAAAAAAAGGGGUUCGAACAUCCAAAACUCUAUCCGUAUGUAUGUCACUGAUUGUGUAUCUAUAGGUGAAAUGUGACGUAUUUACAUAUAUAUGUAAAAAAAAAAAUGUUGGUUUGAAAUUUCCACUAAUCAUUUAUAAUAAUAUAAUAAUUUCAUAGUUUUCAAACAUAUUUUAGGAACACAAAUUCGGAAAACAAAUUAAAAGGAUCCUCAAUAUUAUACAUACCACGCAGAAGCAGUAGCAUAAAUAGAGGGGGGGUUUAAAGGGUCAAUAUUCCUUCUCCUCCGAAAUGCCUUCCUUCACAAAAUGUUAGAUUUGGAGCGUAGCGAAGGAUCUAUUAGUUCACACUAUGAUGUUUAUUUUUUAGGUAAAACGGUAAACCAAAUUUUAACGAAAAUCGUAAAAUUUACGGCAUUUCAAAAUAUGACUUAUAACGAACUUCGUUCCGAAUCGUUUUUCGUUAGCAAUAGUUUAUUUUUGCGUACAAAUAUAAAUUAUAACUUUAUGUAUCCUAUUUCCCCAACUUCCCACUUAAAAGAGGGGCUGCACCCAUCCCAAAUCAACUCCUGUUAUAAGCAUACACAUUUCCAAAAAAAAAAAAAAAUGAUCGGAAUCAUUCACUUUACGAAAAAUAAAGUGAACCGAUUUUGAAUGAGAGUUUUUCCUGUGAAGCAUGUUUUUGAGCAAAAAAACAGGUCACAAUGUAAUGAAACUAGCAUGUCUUUUAUGUUCUGUGUAGAUGAGUUGCAAUCACAAUAUAUUUCCUUGAUGAAAGCUAUCGAUAUUAUUGAAUGCGGUUAUUUGAAUAUUCAAAUAUUUAAUAUAAACUAAUUACGAUUAUACUGUAAGGCAUAAGUGUAAGGUAUUCGCGUACCUAUAUUUAAAAUGCCUGUCUCAUAAUAUUUAAUAUUUGCUGAGUUAAAAACCAAAUGUAUGGAACGGUUUUGUUGGAAUUAUUUAGUGAAUAAUAUUUAUUUUUAGUAAUAAUUCUUCAAAAAACCUUUAUAUUGAUAAUUUUUGAAUCACAAAGUUGUUUUUAUUUUUUGAUUAUUGUAGACUGAGUGAAAUAUCCGAACAAAUAAAGAAAUAUAAACAAAUUAAUUAGUUUAUAUGAUAAUAUAUAAAUCGUUAGGUUUAGGUAUAUUUAGCUACAUUAAAAGACAAAAGUGUAUGUCGAGUAUAAAGUUUGUUCUCUGUAAAUCUUAUUCAAGGGUAUCUAUCUUAAAAUACUCGAUGUACUUUUAAAAGCUUUUAAAUGUUCCUUAUUUAAAGUUUCACUCAUAAUUAAAAUAAAAAUGUGCUCCGCUUGUUCAACCACUGAACAGUAGAAACAUUUUAUUAUAUAUAUUUAUGUAUUUUUUUAUUGAAUAUAUAUGAUUUUUAGAUCCAGACUUGUCGAGUGGUUUUCUAUUAUAGAUUGUCUCGAUAAAACUAUUGAACUCCAG